AUGCGAGAGGCUCCUUCUGCUUUCAAGCGAUGCCUUAUUAGACCGAAGGCUGCGCUGAGAGAGCGAGCUGCGGGCGAAAGAACCGCUCGCCCGCCUUCCCAGCCUCGCCUCGCCGUCCUCCGCGCUGGGCGACGGAGUUCUUCAGCGGCACCUAAGAGGCUUCUUCCAGCCGCCUCCUUCUUCCCCGCCCGCCUCCACUUCCUUCUCGCUAACGAGGCUACAGGAGGUGCUGCAGCCGGGCGGGCUGAGCGCCGGCAGCGCCGCCCCGUUUGCCUCUCAUUCCCUCCCACCCCCCAGCUCCCACCCUCCUCCUCGCUGCUCCCGGCCGGCCGGCGGCUCUUCCCCUGCCCGAGGGAGAGGCAACUGCAAGCAGCGGGGCUGUGGCGGGGGCUACGCCUCUGCUGGGAGAGGGGGCCCAUGGCUUCUACCACCGGCCUGCUGAAGAGAGUCGCCAGGGAGGGUUGGGCAGUGCUGGUGGCUCGAACUGGCCUCCGGGGCAUUCAUCGGGUCAGGUACAGGGGGCCAAAGGAACAGAUGCUCUGGGGUGAACGGGGCACCCCAAGAAAUGGGGGUGGGGGGCUGGAGGCCGGCGCGGGGUGGGGAGCCCAUAGGGUUUCACUUUCUUUUUAAGGGUCAAAUAACUUGGGGUGCUAUAUUUGGAGCUGUUGCGCUCUCCCUCCUCGGGGCUGGAGAGAAGAGGCUGAUAGGAAUGCAAAGGGGCUGCCAGGGUCGAUUUGCGCUUGCCAGAGAAAAGUUGGGAUGAAGGUAUUUUGAGGACACGGGGUGGGCGGGAGUGGUGCGCUGCGGGGAGGGGAGGAAGUGGCAAUAUAUACGGUAUAUAUCUAUCCGGACAUAAAUUUGGGGGUGUUAUGCCAAGAGGCCAUUGAUUCAGGCGUAGGUUAGUGCAGCAGAGGCUUGAGCGGAAGCAAAGCAAGUGAAGAGAAGUGAAAAGAGUUCAGCGGAAUCCCAAUUAUCAAAAAGAUACUUUGGGCAGAGACAAACUUUUGGGGAUUUUUUGGUGUGGGUUUUUUGUUUUUUGUUUUUUUGUGUGUGUUAUGUUUUGCAAGUGUCUUCUGCAACACGCCCCUGAUGCAAUAGUAGUGCUUUUGUAGUGGGUUUAUAUACCACAUCAACACAUGCAUCAUUUUUUAAAGUUGUUCUGGGAUGCUUCCCCAUGUUACUGCAUUAUUGCUGUCCAGAAGGGCACUUCGGCAUGACAGCACAACAAAAGGGGAACUAAACAAACAAACAAACAAACCAGAACAUUUGUGGUUUCAAAAGUUACAGGAUUUCAGAGGAGGGUGACCAAGAUAAUGAAGGGUCUGGAAAUCAAGCCUUGUGAGGAACAGUUGAGGGAGUUGGGUAUGUUUUGUCUAGUAAAGAGGAGACUGAGAGGUGAUAGCCAUCUUCAGAUUAUCUCAAGGGCUGUCAUAUGGAAGAUGGAGUAAGCUUGAUUUCUCCUGCUUCGGAGGCCACUGGCCUCAAGUGACAAGGAAGGAGAUUCUGACUAGACAUCAGGAAGACCUUUUUGACAGUAAGAGCUGUUCAACAGCAAAGCAGACUCCCAACGGGAGGUGGUGGACUCUCCUUCCUUGGAGGUUUUAAAGCAGACGUUGGAUGGCCAUCUGUCAUGCAUGAUUUAGCUGAGAUUCCUGCAUUGCAGGGGGUUGGACUAGAUGACCCUCAGGGUCCCUUCCAACUCCACAAUUCUAUGAUUCUAUGAUGUAAGACAAACUGUUUAGGCACCAUUCUCUCGUGUGUGUGUGUUUGAUAGGGGGGAACUAUCCUGCUCCCCCUCUUUCAGUGUUUUACUCUCCCCACCCUCUAAAAAAAUCCCUGUGGACACCCAUGCUCCCUUUUUGCCUUGUGAUUCAAACUGCCAUAGACUUGGUGGGAAAGGGGCAGUCAAAGCACAAAAGGGCAGCAUGAUUUCAACUGGUGCACAAAAGAGAACACAAGUUGGGUGAAUUUGAGUAAUGUGACCCUUGCGUAAUACAUCUCCGUUCCCAGAGGGCCAUCUGCAUAACUGUGGAUUUUCUUCCUUCCCCCUCUGAUUUCCAUGGGGAUGGUGUUGGAAUAUAGAGCAGAAACACUCACCUUGGGUCAACUGGUAUAAAGGAUGGUUAGAACACUCAGGCUAUGUUUGUGAUGCCCCUGGGUUAUAUUUCAACGCCAUGAUUACAUCUGGAUUUAAUUACUUUUUAAAAAUGAUGCCUCGAGUCAGUGGGCCAGUGUGGUGUAGUGGUUAAGAGCGGUAGACUCGUAAUCUGGUGAACCGGGUUCACUUCCCCGCUCCUCCACAUGCAGCUGCUGGGUGACCUUGGGCUAGUCACAAUUCUCUGAAGUCUCUCAGCCUGUUUGUUGGGGCGGGGAGGAGAUUGUUAGCCACUUUGAGACUGAUAAAGCGGGAUAUCAAAUCCAAACUCCUCCUCCUCCUCUUCUUCUUUGAGUCCUGAACUACUUUUCUUGCAAUCAUCAAGCCUAGUUUUCAUGGGAGACCUUCGUAUUUCUGGGCUCAGCUGCCAUCUUCAUAUUGUACCGAGGUCUGCAUUUCUCAUCACACCCUGCUUUUGCAGCCAGAGUUCCCAUGCUGUUCUUGGCUCAUUUGCUGAUAUCAGAGGUAAAUUUGGCAAAUAUUGCCUAAGGGAAUGCAUGUGCUUUGGGGUCAGCAGUUUCACUAGAAAGUGAACUCUGCUUUCUUUACUGGUAAGUUUAUCUGCUCAGUGGGUAUCUCUGACUGUCAACAUACAAAGUAACUGAUUCAACACACCUUUUAAAGACAUUUACUUUGUUGUCCUUCCAAGUUUUUGAGCUGAAAUGAUAAUGCAAAUUAGAAGUACAGGGUCUAAACUAGUAAACUCCGCAGCCCAGCAUUAUGCUUCCAAGGGCUCUUUUGGGCUCAUUUUCUCCCCACAGAAUAAACUGGAUUGCUAAUAAAAUGUCAUACUUGCCUAAUAGAAUCAUAGAAUCGUAGCACUGGAAGGGAUCGAAGCAUCAUCUAGUCCAACCCCCUGCAAUGCAGGAAUCUCAGCUAAAGCAUCCAUGACAGAUGACCAUCCAACCUUUGCUUAAAAACCUCUAAGGAAGGAGAGUCCACCACCUCUUGUGGGAGUCUGUUCCACUGUCAAACAGCUCUUACUGUCAAAAAGUUUUUCUGAAUGUUUAGUCAGAAUCUCCUUUUUGGAACUUGAAGCCACUGGUUCGAGUCCUACCCCCCAGAGCAGGAGAAAACAAGCAUGUUCCUUCUUUCAUGUGACAGCCCUUAAGAUAUUUGAAGAGGGCAAACAUAUCUCCUCUCAGUCUCCUCUUUUCCAGCUAAACAAACCCAACUCCUUCAAGCACUCCUUGUAAGGCUUAGUUUCCAGACCCUUGAUCACCUUGGUUUCCCUCCUCUGCACACGUUCCAGCUUGUCAACAUCCUUCUUAAAUUGUGGAGCCCAGAAUUGGACACAGUAUUCCAGAUGUGGUCUAACCAAGGCAGAAUAGAAUGGUACUAUUACUUCCCUUGAUCUGGACACUAUACUUCUGUUGAUGCAGCCUAGAAUAGCAUUAGCUUUUUUUCUAUGAUCAUCAUGUUUUUUGUCCCUUUCCUCCAUUGAAACAAUUUCCUCCACUGAAACAAUUUCCUCCACUGAAACAAUCAGUCACCUUAUUUUCCAACCUGAGGAUGAGGAAUCCAGUGGCCCUUUCCAAUAUUGCUGUCUUCUGACUCCCAUCUAGACAGGCCAGUGCUGGCUGGGGAUGAUGGGAGUUGUAGUCCAACACCUCUUCCACUCCAGCAAAGUUUGACACAUAUUUUAUGACUCUGCUGUAAAUGAUGCUGCUGGAGAAGCAAAAAUCUGAGUAUAUCAUUACCCACAAAUCUUGACCACCCCAUCUCCCAAGUUGCAAACUGAGAUGUAUGCAUAUUAGACACCAGUUCUUGCUUGGUUGUGUUGGAUCUAGGUGGCUUUUGGUAUCAGACUCACAUCCUUGGGGUUAGUAACCCCUGAAAUAAAACUCUUUUCACCUAUUAAAAUUUCCUUGUUAUUCCUACUGCUAAAUUGACAGGAACCCUGCUCUGUUUCACAUUGUCUUGUCCUAUAGGCCAGGGGAACCAAUGUAAUGCUCUCUAGAUGUUGAAGGACUCCAGGUUCCCAGAAAGGAUGGCUGAUGACGGGAGUUGUAAUUCAGAAUAACAGGAUGUAAAAUACACAGAUAAUCAGGAAGAACAACUUUCUUCGUCUGUUUUCACCAGCUCCUUCUAAAUCCUGCUUUAUUUGCACUUUCCCUACUGUAAGAGUUUUGCCACUGUGCCAGGUCUAAACAUUGCCAGUUACUAGCUGUUCCUUUGGAUCUAAAUCUCCAUGGAAACUUCAGAAGAAGGGGAAUGUCAGUCUUCUCAUAUUUGCUUAGUGCCCAGCCUUCAGAAGAUGUUGCACCUCUUGCACAAAGAAUCAGCAAACCUUUAGAGUUUUGCAGAGCCUCUGAAAGCCUCUCUUCCUUAUUUGAUAGAAGUAGUUCACUGCUUUGGGUGUUCCAUAUUGGGGUGCAAAGCAGCUUACAUUUUUUCUAGCAACAGUUGCAUUAUUCCCCCAUUAUCCCCUUUUCAUCUGCAUCUCUGACAGCUAAUUUCAUGCUUUAAAAAGAACCUGGGAGUCUUGGAAGUUCCUGGUCCUACAGUUGCCAAGAACAGGAUUUUGGGCAUGGAAGAAUUGAAGCUACCAAGGCAAUUGUGUCAAAACACACAUUCAUCUUAUAGCAGAAGUGGAAGUUUUGUUUCCACAGAAGAGCCUGAUCAGAUUCAUAGGCUGUAUUCGCAUGCAGUGUUGCACUAGGCCAGUGCUAUGUGGAGGGCCUCUGGGAGUGAAAGUGUUGGGCUUGCAGGCUCCUCCUACUUCCCUCACUUUCUCCCUUGAAGGCGGGAGGAGGAUUUCUGCAGAGCUGAGUUUCACUUUCAAAGAAUCUAAUCUUGAUGUUACAUAUACCGUAUUUUUCGCACCAUAGGACACACUUUUUCCCUCCUAAAAAGCAAGGGAAAAUGUGUGUGCGUCCUAUGGAGCGAAUGCAGGGGGGAGGCAGGCGGGAAAAGCCCCCAAGAGCCGCACACAAGCUCUGUGCGCUCUUGCGGGCUUUUCCACAGGAGGGAGAAGGGACUGACUGGCCGCAUCAGUCCCUUCUCCCACCUCCCAGAAAAGCCAGGAGAAGCCGCGAUCUCUUUAAAGGGGUUGUGCGGCUUCUGCCGGUUUUGCGGGAGGUGGGGGAAUUCCCCCACCUCCCAGGAAAGCCAGGAGAAGCCGUGCAGCCCUUUUAAAGUGCGCGCGGCUUCUGCCGGUUUUGCGGGAGGUGGGGGAAUUCCCCCACUUCCCAGGAAAGCCAGGAGAAGCCGCGAUCUCUUUAAAGGGGUUGCGCGGCUUCUGCGGGCUUUUGGGAGAGGUGAGGGAAUCCCCCCACCUCCCAGGAAAGCCAGGAAAGCCCUGCGCAGCGUCUCCCGGCAAGGAGAGGCUGCACGGGGCUAAAGGGGAAGCCAAAACAGCGAGCGGGAUCCAUCCUGCUCGCUGCCUUGGCUUGUGCCAUAGCCACGCGCAACCCCUCCGGCAAGGAGAGGCUGCACGGGGCUAUGGAUUCUUUAGCCCUGCGCAGCGUCUCUUGGCAAGGAGAGGUUGCGCGGGGCUAAAGAGAAAGCGAGCGGGAUCCAUCCUGAUGGCUGCCUUGGCUUGUGCCAUAGCCCUGCUCAACCCCUCCGGCAGGGAGAGGUUGUGCGCAGCCUGUAUGCUGCUCUUUGGGGCUGGGGGGGGAAUAUAUUUUUUCUUGAUUUCCCCCCCCUAAAAACUGGGUGCGCCCUAUGGUCCGGUGCUCCCUAUGGUGCUAAAAAUACGGUAUGUGCUGACGGUCGGCUCGUUCCUAAAGAAGGCAGCCAUGUGACAUUGAAUUGGCCUGCUGUCAUUAAAGUUGUCAGUUCCUCUGCCAGCUUCCAGAUUGGUGCAGCAAACACCCAUGAAACAUACGAAGUAAAAACUAUGCUGUAAUUUUAAAAGAAAUAUUUAUUUGGGGAGUGGGUUGCAUUGCUGGAGGAGGUAUUUGUAGCCUGGGAAUGUUCCUGGAUGUGACAUUUUAUCUGUUGGGCAAAUGGCAACAUAUCAGUUCCUUUAAGUGAAGGAGCAAUAAUUUUGUGUGUGUAUGUGUGAAGGUCCUUUCUAUUUUUAUUUAUUUAUUUUGUUGAUUUUACAUCCUGCCUUUCCUCCCCAAGGAGUUGAUCUGCCAAUUUUAGAGUGUUGAAUUUCUAGGCAGCUUAUGGUCCUCCAGAUGUCAUUAGACUACAACAGGAAGGCCAUAGCUCAUCUGUUUUGCAUGCAGAAGGUCUCAGGUUCAAUCCGCGGCAUCUCUAGGUAGGGCUGGGAGAGACACCCUGCCUGAAACCCUGGAGAGCUACUAUCAUCAUUGAGCUGGGUGGACCCAAUUGUCUGUCUCAGUAGAAAGCAGCUUCUUCUUCUGCUAACUCCAUCAUUCUUGACCAUUGGUCAUGAUGGUUGGGGCAAAGUGAGAACGUGCCACCCCACUGCCAAUACUUCCUUUACCUGGGUUGUGCAGCAGUGCUGAAAAGUGGCACUCACUGCCGGUGGUGGGUUCCAGCAACAUUUGUGAAAUUUCAUGAUAUUUCGCCGCAAGCUAAGGGGUAGCAGUGUGCCCUUGAGGGCACCACCUCUCAGAUUUCUGCCACCUGAGGUGGCUGCCUCACUCUGCCUCAUGGGCAGGCUGGCACUUUCAACAGCAUUUGGAAGGCCACAGGCUAGCUACCCCCUCUUCUAGGGCAUGUGUAGUGACUGGUGAGAUAUGAGGUUGGUAGCUUCAAAAUUUGGUGGUUUUGUUUGUGCGGACAGGUGUGCAAUUGUACUAGCAAGAAACAGCUUCUUACCUUCUCUCAGCUUCUCCCAGUGUGUUUCCUGGGAACUGAAAACUCAUAAAUUAUAGGUCUGUUUUCCUGCAAAAUCUUACCAGCUCUAUUUACACAACCUGCUCAGCAAUUUCCCAAUAAAAAAAAAAAAGGAUAAUCCUAUUGAACAUUUGCCUGCUGGUUUAUACCUUUCUCUGUUUGUUCUCUUUUUUCUUGAUCACCUCCAUUCUGCCAUAGCAGCAAUAUUAUGGCCUUGGCUUGAAAUGUAAUAAAAGUGGGUAACCUGUGCAACUGCACGAAAUGGAAGAUUAGGAAUACGAGGUUUUGCCCUUCUUUACUGCCCUAACCUUUCCCCACAAUGAGUUCCAUUGUAAUAGGAAUGAUUCCCCUCUGUUCUGCAUUUAAGACAGACAUAACCUUUUUUAGAGUAGUGGGACUGAUUUUGGACGUGCAUUCUGCUCUUGCAAAACGAACACACCUUUUCCUGUCCAGGUUUUCAGUUACUGUUCUUCAGGUUUUCAGAAAAAAGCCUAUGGUUGGAUGUGCCAAUUGGUGAAUGUCUAUGAUGUCAUUAAGACACUUCCUUCAUUGGCCAGAAUUGUUUCAUAACUCUUUUAACACCCACCCACCCACCUAUAUCUAUUGUUAAAUAAGGACAAACAUAGAAAUGAACAAAUGCACAUCUAUUACUUGCAUUUAUUUAUUUUGUUCAAAAUUGCACUUCAGUCAUAUGGAGAAGGGAAGGAUUGAUGGCUGACCCAGCAUCUCAUGCGGUGAAAUGUGGUUUGUCACACAAAUUAUAAUGCUAGAAGGAAACUGAACUCACAUUGGAGGCAGGUAGACUUAAACCGACAAGGGGAAGAGUUGCCAUUUAUUUAUUCAGACAUUCAUUCAUCUUAAACAUUUAUUUACCAUCUCUCCUGAGUUUCUGAGAUGAUCUAUGUGGCUAAUAACCACCAAAAUUUAGAAGUAUAUGCAUAUAGUAUAAAAAUAAGCAGAGCAGCAGAGAAAAGCACAGUUUGGCAGAGAAAAGGAGCAGCAGUUAAAAACCAUAGUUUUGUAGAGGAAAUCCCCAAUAAACCCCAAGGCCUGAGGACAGAAUCCUAAACUGAAGAUCUACCACAAAUGGGGGCUGUAGGGGCACUCUUACAUUGUGAUGCAAAGCUAUAGGAUAGGAGCACAUGCUUUUGAGUUCUGUGGGCCCCCUCUGUGUGUUGGUAGCAUGUGGGUGUUGUUAGAAGCACAGUCCCUGAGGAAAUGGCUAGUGUUUUCCUUACGCUUUUCAAUGUUCUGUGUUGUGAUUUCCCCCCUCUCCUACGCUGAGCUUGCAUGAGAUACUUUCAGCUGUUAUCCUGGUACUAUUCUGGUAGAUCUCCUCCCUGAGCAUAAAACUAGAUAAAUAAAUAGUCUCCACUGUUUACAGACCUGGUAUCUACCUUUAACUUAAACAUGCAUGUGGGGCCCAUUUCUUUCUUUCUUUCUUUCUUUCUUUCUUUCUUUCUUUCUUUCUUUCUUUCUUUCUUUUUUACCUAGGUGGCAGUGCUACAGCUGCGCCCCAUCUUAGAUCAGGCUGAGACCUAGUAGGGGGUCCUGCCUGACCCACCAGCUGAAGGCCAGUAGGAUUCUCUGUUGAACUAGGAGUCAAAUUAUUCCAUCCCUGGUUACGCCUGGUUAUAUUUAAGGAACAGGGAAGUAGUUCUGAGGAACACCAAGCAGAGAAUAGAAACCUAGAACAUCUACGAUUUUAGAUUAUCAUUUUUAGUUCCACAUUCAAAUAACAUUUUUCUCCCCUGACUUUUCGUUGUGAAACAGUGAUAAAGUUUGCAGCAGCAAAUAUUUCUGUGCACCACUGAAAGUUCUCCAUAUGCUGUGACUAGCACACAUAGGUUGAUGAUAAUUCUUAUGGUUUGUUUUUUCCUCCCUUUGGCUAUAUCAAAGAGGACCAAGCACCCUAACCCUUUCUUCUUCCAGCUGUGAACGACAUUGCCCCUUGCAAUUUCUGCAUCUCAUCUGUUCUCUUGCCAGUUCUCUACAAACCGAUGCACCCCCUGCCACACCUAUAGCAAGCAAAAGCUAUCUCCAUGGGGUGACAGACAUUCCGCUUCUUGGGAAAACUGUGGAUCAGUGCCUGGAAGAGACAACCCACCGGUGUCCUGAUCGAGAAGCCUUGGUGUUCCCUCUAGAAGGGAUUCGGAAGACGUUUGCGCAGUUGAGACAAGAUGUAGGUGGCUCACGAUUCCUUUGUUACUGAAUCUAGGGAUGCGCACAAUGUAUUUAAAGCAUUUAACCCUGCUCCACAGCUAAAAGCGGUUUCCAGAGUGGCUUACAAAAAUCAGCACUAAGACAUAUUGAUAAGAUAGCCUAUACUUUAAAAGGCAUUUGAAACGGUAGCUUCCAGAUGACCCAAAAUGGAAAGAUUUUUAUUUUUUUUUGCCAAUUAAUUUUUAUUGCUUUUUGGGUUUUUUAACUAAUUGCCAUCAAAUUAAUUCAAGUUUAAUACAAAUUUAAAAGGCCCCGCUGGCUUGAUAUUUCACUACUCACCCUUAUUUACUGCUCAGUAUUGCAUACAUUUCCAAGUUAUAUUUCAAAAAAUGUAACAUAUUUUAGCAUUUUAUCCAUAUUCCCCCCCCCUUCUUUCAAAAAUGCAAAGAUUUAACAGAAACCAAGUUAUAUGACUUUGUGGGCGUAAUUCAACAUAGUGUAAGGAGAUCAUUUUGUCAGUGCAAGCAUUUCUGUUGGCCCAACUGAACAAUCUCCCCUUUCUAGGGGUUUUCCUGACCCUCCUUCCCAAAAAGGAAAAAAACCGAAUAGCUGUAAAUAAAAUAAAAUUUAAAAAACCUGUCAGAAUAAAAGCUGUCUACAAUACCAAACAGCUGCAUUUCUAAAGACUCUAUCUAGCAUGUCUGGAAGCUGCCUCUGCUGUCCAAAAAGACCUUUCCAAAAUACCAGAUGUUUUAAGGGUUUGUUGACAGUGGUGAGAAGACCAUUCUGCACAUGGUCAAAGAUGAUAACCUUCAUUUUUCACGGUUCUUCGAAUUGAAUUUUAGAACUGAAUAUGGCUUUUGGGACUAGGCAUUGGUAAAGCUUUUUGUUCAAGGAGAGCACAGAAAAUCUCAAGUUGGUCCAUUUUAACCCUAAGCAAUAAUCAUAACCCUCAUAACCCAUAUAAUUGACAGUUACAAUGUCUGGGGCAUCUGGGUCUGCCCUUGAGAGCAGUUUGGAAUCUUCAGCUGUCCAGAAUGUGCUAGCCUGCUUAGGUAGUAUUUGCUUUUUAUGAGUUCUACUAGUUGCUAGUUUGCUGCAGAGUUAAAUUCAAGACCUUGCCGCUCACCUUUAAAGCCCUUCUGGGCCACACUGAUCCUUGAGCAAGCAACAUUUUGUGUGUGAGUUCCUUUCCAUUCUUUGAGUUCUGAGGGUGAAAAUCUUAUGGUAGUUCCUGCAAACUCUUAUUUCUCUGGGAUGGCCCCCGAGCACUGGAAUCAUUUACGAAAGUUGAUGCAACAAAUUCUGGGAAAUGGUCCACUGAAACACGCUGUCAAUAUCUUUUCUCUCCUUUUUUUAUGUUGUAAUGCCAGGUUUACCUGACCCUGUUUUAAUUUCUCCUAACCAUUUAUUGUUGUCGUGAUUUUGUGGGUGCUUUAUUUUUUCUUAAGCCGUAAGCUGAUUUGAGAGCAGUUGCUGAAAAGCAAGUCUCUAAAGCUGCCUGGAAAUAAAUAAAUAACAAGUAUCCUAAAAGUAAGAUGGACUUAAUUGUUCCAGAUGAUGAUGAUCAAAGCUUGGAUAAGUUUUCCAGAGUGGGACUGAGCAGCUACUGAAAGCAUCUGUCUGCAACGCUUUGAAGGUGAUCUCAUGCAUGUUUACUCAGAAAUUAGUUCCACUGUACUUUAGUGGGACUUAACUCCCCAUUAAAUGCAUGGGAUUUUUGGGUGCAAGGCUCAGACUAGCUAAAGCUUUAUAAGCUAUUUAGAACUGGGGCUGGGAAGCUGUAGUCCUCCUGAUGUCGUGGAACUCCAGUCCCCAUCAGGCCCAGCAACUGUGGCCAAUUGUUAGAGGAGCUGGGAAUUAUAGACCAGCAACAUCUGAAGUUAGGACAUUAAUGUUUUAAUGCUGCUUGUAGCGCUUUUCAUCACACAUCAGUUAAUCUCAGGUUGUUUUCACUCGUUCUGCUUAGGGCCAAUCUAAUUGUGAUGUAGAAGUGUGUGGGUGCCUUUCUUCCAUCUUUCGUUUCCCCCUACAAUGGAGCAGAGCAAUGAUAGUGUCCAGCUAAUUUUCACCACUCCACAGCCCUCACCCAAAUGCCUCCCCGCUCUCUUACUAUUAGGAGGGGGAAACAUGCAGGCACAAACCCAGUUCCCGUAUGUUCUGGUCUCUGUGGCUUAUGGUAGCUCUGCAGGACCUUUGUAUUCUGUAUUAUCAUACAUAGUCCUGGUCCGGUACCAACGGGGCUGCUUCUAGCAAGCAAAAAAGACAUAGAGAGCGGAAUAUCUACUGCUCUCAUGUCACAUUUUACCUUGAACCUCUCUUGGGCAUGUCAAAAUCAGAUAUGUAAAUUUAAAUGUGGCUUGUGUCAGUUUUAUUAAACAAUUCAAGACUUUAUGACGAAGUUAAAAUAACAAUCCAGUAAGAAAUAUUAAAUAAAAUAAUAAAAAUGAGGUGGAAACUGUUGAUUUGAUUGACAUCCUAUGCCCUUUUAAAAUGUGGUGGGGUUUUUUUUUGGGGUGAGGGGAGGUUAUUGGGUUGUUUUUAUUUUGAUUAUGUAUUUUAUGGUUUUAUAUUUUGAUUUUAUUCUGCGAACCGCCCUGAGACCUCCGGGUAUAGGGCGGUAUAUAAAUUCAAUAAAUAAUAAUAAAAGUAAUACCAAACAAACAAACAAAAUAAACAAAAUCCAGUACUCAUAGCCAUUUCCCUUAAAAUAAAAUACAUUCUUAAGAGACUACACAGUGAAUUAAGUGGUAGAAUCCUAUGAGCUUUUAAAUCAAUUGGUGGCCCUCCAGAAAGGUGAAUUUCCUUCAGAACAUAGGUGUUUGGUCCGAAUGCAACCAACACACCACCUUCUGAUUAGGAGGAAACUUGUUUGAUGUUCUUUAACCAUCUUGCCUUGGGAGAUGAACAUACCGGCUGCCGCCAUAUUCCUUUCCUUUAGCUUCUUAGAUUUUCCUGUGUCGUCAGUGCACAGAGUGGAACGUUCAUCUCACAUUCUCCAUCGUUUCCUACCUGCCUAGCUCAAUCUGCUGAGAUGGGUUUUCUCUCUCUCUCCUAUUCUCUAGGUAGUACAGGCAGCACAAGGACUUCUGGCCCUUGGUUUGAAAAAGGGUGACCGGCUGGGAAUGUGGGGUCCCAACAAGUACGAAUGGGUCCUAAUGCAAUUUGCCACGGCGCAAGCAGGAAUCAUCCUGGUAAGUUCCUCCUGCUUAUGAACAGCUAAGAGGCUUGGUGGCUGGUUAAGGAAAAAUCCAAGAACUCCCUAGAAGGAUGUCAUGCUGGGGAAGAGAGCUCGUAUAUUUAAAGAACACAAGCUUGUAUAUUUAAAGAACAUUCACAAUACCAUUCAGUAUCGACACAAAUGCACACACCUUUAAGGUUAGUGUAUAAAAGUGUUUGGAUUUGUAUUUUGGCAGAAAGUAACUACUCUUACUGUAUGACUGGGAAUCAUCUAUCUUGUUUGGCUGAAGAAUUUUGUAGAAUUCAGAAGCUUUUUAAAAAACAAACAAACAAACAAAUAUCCUUUGGUUUAAUGAAAGUUGUAUUUUAUCUAAGACCCAAUAGACUCAUCUUGCAGAUAUUGGCAGAAUGGGGAGUUCUUUCUCCUGCACUAGCUGGAGGGUUUGUGGUGACAUCGCACUGCAUAUUUUGUAUUUGUUUUCUGUUUUGGUAUCAGUGGAGUACAAGCCAGGAGAUGCUUGCCUGGCUGCUGGUAUAUAAAUAUUUUAAAUAAAUAAAUAUUACAUUGGGAAACAGGGGCAACUUGUGUUAGGAAAUACUCUCCUGUUUCCACUAAGUGACAAUUAAUUAAAACGCAAGUGUGGUUUAGGCCCGGUUUGUAUUCUUCAUUCUCUGAAACCGAUACUAGGAGACCUCUGACCUCUCAACACACACGAUCACUCUUUAGCAGUACAUGGUUAAGAAGCUGUAUCUCUGAUUAGUUUAAUUCUCAUCUCUUAUCAUUUCCAGGUGUCUGUGAACCCAGCGUAUCAAUCCCAAGAGCUGGAGUUUGUGGUGAAGAAGGUACGACAAGGCCUGUUGUGGUCAGCACUGCUUGUUUUCAUCCACAGCGCUUUCUGAAAACGCUUGAAGCUCUGGGAAUGCGUUGAUUAAGUUAGAGGUUGAUUUGGAGGAAAGUAUAGAAAAAGGCAGCCCAAACAAUAAUUUGGCAAUGGCUAAUGGGUUUGGAGCUUUGGUUUAGAGGAAAAGCUGACUGAAGAGAAUGGGGGCUGUAUGUUUUUCUCUCAUAAUACUGACACGUGUGGUUGUUGAAUCAAGUUAAUUGGCAGUUGAUUGAGGGCAGGCACAAACAAAAAGUUGUCCCUAUCCCCCAAAAUCAGAAUGAACUGAUGGAUUUUGUUACUACAAGCUGAGAUGAUUUUUUAAAAAAAUAUAAGACCAAUACCUAGAUGCUAAAAUUGAGCAUUUAUGUUCAUGGACUGUAUUUUCUUAUAUUAUAUUUAUAUCCAAUGGUUCCUCCAAGGAGCUCAAUGUGGCAUACAUGGUUUUUCUUUGUUUUGUUUUUGCUUCUCUCAACAUUUCCUAAUCAACAUAGUCUCCCUCUAUGGCAAUUAUCGCUGACUUAAGCCAUUCAACUUUCUUAUCCCUAAUAAUGAGGGAUUAAAGCUAUUAAGUUUCUUGUGAAAAAAAUUAAUCCUUGCCCAGAUUAAGAGGCCUCUUGUACUUACCUUUCUGGUUUAGCUUUGGAGCUAAAUCAUUAAAAUACCAUGGGAGGUGAAAUACAAAAGCUGCAGUAGGUGAUUCUACUUCUUGCUUGCUCUCGCUGUGGGAAAAAGUUUGGAAGCAAUAAGACAAGCUUAUCUGGCACUAGUGGCCUUGCACAAUGCUUUUUCAGCUUGCAAAUGUUUCUUGCUUGUUGGUUUGCAGUUCUUACUGCUCCUGUUUUUCCUAUGUGUUUGUUUCCUUCCUCGUUGGCCGACACUAUGAGAACAUCUUCGUAAUGUUCUUAAGAGUAACUUCCACUGAAUUCAGCGGGAUGUAUUUUCAGUGCUCUUUCAAAGGAUCAAGCUUUGAGGCUGCUUUCUGUGCACACUAACUUGGAAAUGAGUCUCAUUAAUGGCUGACCCUGCGGUGGCAAAACUCAGAGUAUACCUGCCUCAAACGGGCAUAUGGAAAUGACCACCUGCCUGCAUUUUGGGCACACAGACUGGAUCUCCUUCAUUCCAGAAGACAUGAUUGAGAGGCUCUUGGUGUCCACAGGUCUCCCACGGCAUAAGUGCAGUUGUAAAGUGGAGGGUAUAAAGAUGCCACUGUAUUAUUAAAAGGAGAAAAGAGUAUCCCAAUGAAGUCUUGAUAAUUUAAUUUACUGUUGCAAUGCUGCUGGAGCAUACAGUAAGGCAUUUUAUUCUUUGUGUUAGCUGUUUUGAGGGUUUUGGGGGUGUUGUUUUUUUACAAUCAAGUGGUGUAUCAUUUUAAAUAAGUAGAUAGGAACGGGUAAGGUAAAGGUAAAGGGACCCCUGACCAUUAGGUCCAGUCGUGGCCGACUCCGGUGUUGCGACGCUCAUCUCGCUUUAUUGGCCGAGGGAGCCGGCGUACAGCUUCCAGGUCAUGUGGCCAGCAUGACUACGCCGCUUCUAGCAAACCAGAGCAGCGCACGGAAAUGCCGUUUACCUUCCCACCGGAGCGGUACCUAUUUAUCUACUUGCACUUUGACGUGCUUUCAAACUGCUAGGUUGGCAGGAGCAGGGACCGAGCAAUGGGAGCUCACCCCGUCGCAGGGAUUCGAACUGCUGACCUUCUAAUCGGCAAGUCCUAGGCUCUGUAGUUUAACCCACAGCGCCACCCGCGUCCCUAUAGGAAGGGGCAGGGGUAUGCAAAAGUUCACCUAGAGCAGUAAAAGACAGAACAAAAGCAUGCUGCCUGAUGCUGAAAAGACUGCUGUGGUUCAAAACACCUGGAAUGGCUGCUCUUUUGCACAGGUUGCCUUGUGUCCCAUUUGCUUCAUCCUUACAUGUAUCUCUCUAGGUUGGCUGCAAAGCACUGGUGUUCCCUACACAGUUCAAAUCACAGAAGUACUAUGAGAUCUUGAAGCAAGUGUGCCCUGAGUUGGAACAUUCUAAUCCAGGAGCAUUACAGAGCAAGAAGUAAGUGUUCACUGAGCAUUUGCUCAUUAGUCUCCUCCAAGGCCCGAUCCUAAACACUGUUUUCAUAUUGAUAAAGUGCCCAGAUAAAUACCCACACAAUCAAUCAAAGGAGCCACAAGAUCAAGAGUGGGAGGGGCUUUCAGAUUUUCUAUUACAUUGGAGCACACCAUAAGGGAAACACGAUGAUGAGUUUAAGGACCGUUUCAGUGCUUUCCCUUUUUCACCCCUUGUGUCAGGGACUGGACUGAGGAGGAAUGGUGGGGACUGGCCCGCCGCCUUCUCCUGAACCUUCCCGAGAACAGGAGGACAGUAUAGAUUUAGAACAGUGGGUUGCAGAAGGGCAUAGUUCAGAGGCUGCAGAGGGGAGAAGCUGGAAAAUUUUGGAAGAGGAACAGCAGGAAGAAGAAGCACCAGGGGAGAGACAGCUGACAGACUCAGUGUCUUUAGAAAGCAUUCCUGACCCCGCCCCCCAGGACCAGGCGUGCAUUGAGCGUAGUAGAACAGAGAGCUCAGAGGCAGAAAGCUCAGAUGAGCUGACGCAGGGAGAGAUGUAAUGGGGUGGGACUUUACUUGGAGCAACACCAUUUUUUUAAGGGAAGACGGCAUUCCUUCAUCUCUUUCUGUGAAUACAGUGGUACCUCGGGUUACAUACGCUUCAGGUUACAUAUGCUUCAGGUUACACACUCCGCUAACCCAGAAAUAGUGCUUCAGGUUAAGAACUUUGCUUCAGGAUAGGAACAGAAGAACGGACCUCUGGAAUGAAUUAAGUACUUAACCCGAGGUACCACUGUAUUAUUAAAUUACGUGGUAAGAACUUUUAAUUGUUUCUCUGCUUCUUGGCUGUUACCAUGGGAGGGAUCGUAUUCCCUGAAACCUGACACUUUGCCACAUUCCUUAGGAUAGGGAAGCUGCGGCUUUCCAGAUGUUGUUGGACUCCCAACUCCCAUCAGUCCCAGCCAGCAAAGCCAAAGUUCAGAGAUGGUGAGGACUGUGGUCCAACAACAUGUGGAGGAACCCCUCUCUUCUGUCCCUUUGUAGCUGCCUGAGGCAAUGAGAACCAGGACUAUGUGAAGCUCUCUACACUAAUGUAAAGCCGUUGUCUCACUUAACCCACCAUGGUUUUGUGACUGGCACGCCAAGGUCUCAGGCUGACGUCCAGUAAAAGGAUUUCAAGUAGCAGGAAAGACGUGCCAAACAGUUAUUAUGGGCCCUCCUGAGAGCAGCCUGAAUACUCACAAGCUGUAUUCACGCACGUUCCCAAUUUUCUGUUGGACCCCUUUGAUUUUUUAGACGUUUCAAAACCACUCAAAAUAUAUACCCGAUUUGCAAAAAAUGCCUGACAAAACUUAAUGAACAGUAAUAAGUUCAUUUUCUGCAACAAUACUUUUUGUUGAUGCAGUAACAUUGAAGAAUACAAGGGCCAAAGGAUCGCCAUUAACCAUGCAGUGUAGUUGUACCCUCUCAUACAUAUGUAUAAUUAAUGGAUUAGUUUAUUUAUUGCAAUGGUUUGCCAGUGCCGGACCUUAAAAAACCACUCCUCUGUUCCUUUGGGGAAAGGGACAUAGUUUAGCGCUUAAAGUACCGUAUUUUUCGCUCUAUAAGACGCACCAGACCACAAGACGCACCUAGUUUUUGGAGGAGGAAAACAAGAAAAAUAAUAUUCUGAAUCUCAGAAGCCAGAACAGCAAGAGGGAUCGCUGCACAGUGAAAGCAGCAAUCCCUCUUGCUGUUCUGGCUUCUGGGAUAGCUACGCAGCCUGCAUUUGCUCCAUAAGACGCACACACAUUUCCCCUUACUUUUUAGGAGAGAAAAAGUGAGUCUUACAGUGCAAAAAAUACGGUACCUGCUUUGCAUGCAGAAGGUUCCAAGUUCAACUCACGGCAUCUCCAGGUAGGGCUCAGAAAAGCGCCCUGCCUGAAACCCUGGAGAGCUGCCAAUCAGUGUAGACAAGACUGAGCUAGAUGGACCAGUGGCCUGGCUCAAUAUCAGGCAGUUUCCUGUGCGUCUUUCUCCACCCCACCUCCCGAGUAUUCUGCAAGCAGGAUCUGUAUCUGCCAGAGUCCUGUGGCUUUUAUGCAUAUAUGGUGUCAUAAAGCCAAGUGGAAUUACUGGUAGACUUAGUGGAUUAUGGUCUUCAUAGCAGAAUCCAGGCCAAGCCGCUUUUUGUGUAACCUUUAUUGCUGGAACAGAAAAGGUGAUUUGCUGUGACAUGGGCAGUUCCUGCCAAGGAAGGUUUAGGGGACAAUCUAUGUGUGUCUGAUGCAUAGGCAUUUGGCAUGGAUGACCUUUGGAACCACAGCCAGUGUGUUAAAAACUAUUUCUCAGUCUCCAAACAUUCAUGGAAAGAUAAGAGACCCGCCAACCCCAUGUAGUCCGUUCUGGUCUCUUAUCUGUGAAUCCAACCUGCUGCCAACUCCACUUUUAGAACAUCCUAAAAUUCUUUAGCAAGGUCUCUUCAGAACAAAACCACUGUGGCACUGUGUUAAUACCAUAUGAGUCAAUUGUGGAACCUGAAUAAUGAAAAUGUUAUGAAAUUAUUCAACCAUCAAUUUGCUUUUUUUUUUGGUCAGCACAGCAGCCAUGGGUGAAAUUGAAGCCCGGUUAAAUUUAGAGGGAUUGUAUAAAACAGUUCAGAUUAUUCAUUCAUCAAACAUCAAGAGUCCAUUCAUGAAUUCCUAUUCCCAUCUUCCUUCUCAGCUUCUGGGGGCAGGAGAAAAUAUUGGUCCAUAUACUGUAUCUGGAGCUUAUUCCCUGAACUUGUGCUUGUACCGUGGCAAACUAUACAGUGGUGCCUCGCAAGACGAAAUUAAUCCGUUCUGCGAGUCUCUUCGUCUUGCAGUUUUUUCGUCUUGUGAAGCACGGCUAUUAGCGGCUUAGCGGCUAUUAACGGCUUAGCGGCUUAAAGAAAAAGGAAACAAACUCGCAAGACGUUUCGUCUUGCAAAGCAAGCCCAUAGGGAAAUUCGUCUUGCGGAACGACUCAAAAAACAGAAAACUCUUUCGUCUUGCGUGUUUUUUGUCUUGCGAGGCAUUCGUCUUGCGAGGUACCACUGUAUUCUGCUUUUCCCUGUUACUGAGCACACCUUCCUUUUUUUGUAUCAGGUUACCAGAGCUUUCUGUUGUAAUCACCUCAGACUCCAAGUUGCCCGGUGCAUUCUCAAUGAACGAUGUGAUGCAGGCCGGAGACAGCAGACACAAGAAGCAACUAGAGGAAAUACAGAAGACGCUGGACUGCAAAGAACCUAUCAACAUCCAGUUCACUUCAGUGGGUACCAAAUGUGCUUUUUCUGGUGUUCAAAUAAUGCAGCCCGCAAUGGUCAGAAAACAGGAAUAUUCUGUACCAAAUAAGCCAAGAUCUGAAGCUUAGAAUCACUUGUACAGAAAUGUUUGCCUACAUUUGCAGGAAUUUGUUAUCUGGGGAUUGUGAAAAAUAAUGGUGUGGGGUUUUUUGGGGGGGGGAAUCCAAAAUAUUUUGAUAAUACCUUAUAGAAAACAAGGAAAAGCUAGUGUGUAUGGUAGUACUGUAUUAAGAUCAAAAGGAUUAGUAACUAUGAGAAGGAAGAAGUGACAUAGAAGUUCUAGCUUCCUGACCACUUCCAGUGCCUGUCCAAAUUCCAUUUCCUUUCUAAAUUUUCAUGGGUUAGAAUAACAUAAGAAACCUGUUUGAUGAGACCAAAGGCCCAUCUAGUCUAGCAUCCUGUUUUCUCAGGAGUGAAGCAUAUGCCAGCAGGCAGGCAGGCAGGCAAAGCAUACUUUACUUACCAUCACACUUUAGAGCAGGAAUGGGAAACAAACAGCCCUCCAGAUAUUGUUGGACUCCCAACUCCCACCAGCCCCAGCCAGCAUGAGCAAUGGCCAGGGAUGAUGGAUGUUGUAGUCUAACAAUAUCUAGGGACCCAAGAUCAAGAAAGGCUGUUCUAGGCCACAAAUGGGGAAGCUAGUGUGUUUCAGCAACAUCUGGGGGACCACAGGCUGCCCAUCCAUGUUAUAGCAUUUUAGCAAUUUAUGUAUUGCAUCUGAAGUCUUGUAAUUAGCCCAUGACUGUGGGUUAGGGUGAGGUCUAAACGAGCUAGUAAAACAUCUCUUUCCUUUAGGGAACAACAGGAAGCCCCAAAGGAGCUACCCUUUCUCACCACAACAUUGUGAACAAUGCAUUCCUCAUUGGAUUAAGACUGAGAGUUCAAGAUGGGGUGAGUCAUCUCAGUCUAUUGGUUAACAUUGAGCCUGCAGACACUAACUGUAUGGAGCAAAAUCGUGUCCCCUAAGUAAUGAGUGAGGGCUAUUUUUGUGUGUGUGUGUGUGUGUGUGUGUGUGUGUGUGAUGGUGGUAAUGUAGAAUUAUACGUCAUUGUCCCUCCUAGUUUCUCAGAUUUUCAGAUACACUUUUCAAGGUCUUUGCUAGAAAUUUAAUGACUAGUAACUUCAUUUUUUUUAAAAAAAGGUGCAAGGAUCAAUAAUGUGCAUUUGCCACCAGAUUCUCAAUUUCUAGGCCCCGUGUUUAUAUACUUAACCUGAAUGUGGCACACUCAUAUCCUGUAUUAGUUAGAGAUUGUCUAAUUCUAUGUGAAUGUUCUAGUCUAAGAGUGGCUAUUACUUGAUGGUUAGAAAUUUUCUGUGACAAUGAACUGUAAGCAAAGUUAGAGCCAGCACUGGAAGGCAAGUCCACCGCUGUCUUUGUUUGCCUUGACCCUAGAAUGCCCGCUGCUGCCUCCCUGUCCCUCUCUACCACUGCCUGGGGUCUGUGGCAGGCUGCGUGCUGAUGGCUAUUCAUGGCGUCUGUCUUGUCUUCCCGUCUCUAAGCUUCGAUGCAAAAGCAGCACUGAAGGCCCUGGACCAUGAGAAGUAAGAGUCCAUCUUAAGCUUAGUUCUAGGAAGAAUUAGCUGUCUAUUAAUACAGGCCACACUGGGGUGUAUGGGGUGUUAGGGGAAGAGUAGCACCUCUGGUGGGGGGGGUAUUGUUGUGCUCCUUCUGGGGAGGUUUGUCCAUCUUUGGUCCCCACCCUACACUUUGCUUGCACCUGUGACUCCUAGAAGCUGUCAUCAUGGGACAGCAGCCACACCCUGGGAAAUGGCUUCGACUGGCUGGCUAAGCCAGGGGAGGGUAGCCGAUGAGUCUCAAACUCAUGGUGAGUUAGCGACUUUUCUUGCAUUGAAAGAUGAGAUCGGGUGGAUUGACCAAUAGUGGCUCCAACAUUCAAGAAGGCAGUUUCUGCACGUGGUGUAGAGGGAAGUGAGGGAAUGUUAUUGGGAGAACACAACGCACACUAAACAUUACAGCACACUGCCUUCUUCAGGAGCGAAGAGAAUGUGGCAAUUCAUUUAUGUUGCUCUGAAGGAAUCACUGUAAUUGAAACGGAUAUAUUUUUGCCUCUGAAGAAAGUAUACGCAGAAACAGACUGGGCAUGUUUGUAUUGCACAAUAGAAUCCCCCCACUUGUAGCAUCAUUUUGAGCUUUUAAACAAAUGGGUGGGUGGUUAGGGGUGUUAUUAGAAUGACUGCCCCCCCCAAAAAAUUUCUUUUAUUGGGGGGCACUUUCAUAUUUCACAAAAAUCUGCUUUUUUUGCUUUGCGCUGACUAAACACUUCACAGCUUGGUGUUGGUUUCAUAAUGUUGGAAACCCCAAUGCCAGGUGGUUGAGGAUUUUUCAGGAGCUCCUGGUACCCCAUGACGCUGGGGAGCCAUCUUUCAUUUGGAGUUAGGCAACAGGGGACAUGCAUGCAUUCAACAUUUGUGCACAUUUUGUUUUCUUUGCAUUGGGAAAAGAUUUCCCCAUGGUUACAAGGAAUAAAGGCAAACUUGAGCUUUCAUACCUGCAGUCCGAAUCAGGUGGAGGAAGCAGUUGCCAUGCUCCUGCCUUCGUUUUAGCAACCUGCAAUUCUUUGUCUUUAUUUGAAGAUGUACCCAUGUUCACGGCACUCCAACCAUGUUCAUAGAUAUGCUAGCUCAGCCUGACUUUGCCAACUACAACCUUUCAGCUCUUCGGGGCGGUAAGUAUAAGAACCCAAAUGUAAGCAUGUUUAAAUGAGGUUUAUCAGCCCCACAUUUUUAAAAAAAUGCUAAUGGAUGCCUUUUAGAUACAAACUUUAAACGGAAUCAAAUGUAUUUGCAUCAAUUUGCAUAUACCACAGCCUUCUAAUGGUACUGAAAUAAGUGUUAGAUGGCUUGCAAUCUACUUUUAAAAUAUGCUAUUAUGGUUACAACAAAAUGUUGUCUUUAAUAUUUUAUUUUUUCAUUCCCCAUUACAGUAACAUGCUUUUUAAAAAGCAUGCCUUUAAUUCACCAUUUAAUCAUUUCAGGCUUGCCCUCAUCUGUUAAAAUCAACCCCAGUCAGCAUAAGUUCUUAAUUAUUCGACCAAAGAUUGCAGCUUUUGUUUAAACUAAUUUCCUUUAAAAAUGAGCCAGCUUUCUCCAUUUUUAAAGAGGAAUUGGCUCAUUUCUAGGUGAAUGGGGGGGGGGAGGCGCUGCUGCUGUUGCUGGUUGAUCUUGCCCAUUCCUUCCCCAAACUCAAAUAUUUUGAGGUAAGUAAUCUCAUGGGUUUGAUCCAGCAGCACAGACAUACACCUAGGGACCAUUCCUCCCUUCAACUUGGUGACACUUUCAAGAGCAGCAAAAUGUUAAUAAAAAUUAUUGGAGUAUAUUAGUGAAUGACUAAAUCAUGUUAUGUUUAUCCUCAUGCAUGAGGAAUCCAUCAAGCACACCUUCCUUUUUAUUGCUUAAUAAUCUGAAAGUUUGCGGGGUUUUUUUGCUAUUUCUGUUACUGAAAUAGCACAAGGUAGACAAUACAUUGGUUUUCCAUUUAAAAAAAAAAUACUGCAUCCACCAGUGUGUGGCAGCAGAGGCCAGGCAGACUGCAAAUAUUGAAUGGAAGGCAUCCCAAACCAAGUAUCUGCAAAUAAAAAUACAAGUAUGGAAUUACACUGUUUGGAUUCACACAAACUAUACUCACAUGUUUUGCUACUGUCUGCCCUAUCAAAAUCUCGGCUGAUUUGCAAAGCGUCAGGGUUAAUAAGGGAAUAAUAAUAAUAAUACUACUAAUGAUGAUGAUGAUGAUGUAUGCAGCCGUUGUCAUGACUUGCUUUGUAAACUUGCAGUGUCCUUUAGGCAACUUCUCAAGGUAUGCAUUUUUGUCUUUCAGGAGUCAUUGCAGGUUCGCCAGUUCCUCCUGAGGUCAUGAAGAAGAUCAUCAACAACAUGAACAUGCGGGAGAUAGUGGUGAGUCACCCUUAAUCUUUCGGUUGUGAAGGUUCCUCUGUUGCAGGAGUGGGCAACCUCAUCUCAGGGGGUCAAAUGCAGUCCUCUGAGCCUCUGUGUCUGACCCUUGGGGACUCUGCCCCAGCCAUCCCAUCUCCUGGCCACACCCAUCGCUGUCACCCUCGCUCUACAUCAUCCUAGAAUGCUUUUGCCUGGCUGGGAUGCCUUCUGGAACCUUGAUAAUGCCUCUUGUCUGCCUGCAUGGAGAGAUGGUUGGUGCAGAAGCCUCUGUUUUGUUGCAUGGUUCUAGCUAUAUAUAUAUCCUUCUGUGCAAAGGUUAGAGUCAUAGAUGUUAUUUCACCCACUUUUGUUUCUGAUCCCACCCAUUUUUUUGGCCUCUUGCACUGCCCACCCUUGGCAUGGAAGCCUACCCUUGGAAGGCUGUCCACAAGAAAACAUGGUUGUUUGGAGAUAUAUAUAUAUAGCUAGAACAUGAUUACAUGAAUUUUCAUUUCGAAAAUUCCCAUUGAAUGUGGAAAUUGACAUGGCUGAAUUGGGAACUAAAGGUGUAAGGGACCCCUGACCAUUAGGUCCAGUCAUGACCCACUCUGGGGUUGCGGCGCUCAUCUCGCUUUAUUGGCCGAGGGAGCCGGCGUACAGCUUCCGGGUCAUGUGGCCAGCAUGACUAAGCUGCUUCUGGUGAACCAGAGCAGCGCACGGAAACGCCGUUUACCUUCCCGCCGGAGCAGUACCUAUUUAUCUACUUGCACUUGACGUGCUUUCGAACUGCUAGGUUGGCAGGAGCAGGGACCGAGCAACGGGAGCUCACCCUGCCGCGGGGAUUCGAACCGCUGACCUUCUGAUCGGCAAGCCCUAGGCUCUGUGGUUUAACCCACAGCGCCACCCGCGUCCCUAACUAAAGGUGUAGCUGGCCUUUAAAGGGAUGCAUGAGAUGGAAGGGAAGAAAUCUGCUGUUCUAGAUCACUGGAAGGAUAUGGGCAAUGGUGUGUCUUGGUGUUGGACAAACCUGUAGCCCAAGUCAAGCCCUGUUGUACGUGUUUAUCGUUUUGCAUGGCUACAUCACAUGUUGCUCUUAAAGGAAAGGGUCUUGCUCAGAAGUUUGAUCCUUUGAUGUUCGUUUUGAGGCAUUUCUGGUCAAUUUGUUGGCACUCAUAUUAUAACAUGGAUCAUGUACAUGCCCUAUCCCCUUGUGCUGGCAGAGCUAUGGAUAUUAGUGAAGGAGCUUUGGCGAUGGGGUUAAACAAGGGGAGCAAUAUAUGGUGUGGCAGGUGAUCUUUUCUGCUCUGCCAGGCAGCUUCUUGCAAAGCCUUCUAAGAAGAUCUCACGUACAGCCCUGUGCAUUGCUGGUGUUAGGUAAUAUACAAGACUGUGGUGCCGUAUUGUUUGGGCCCCUUGGGACAUAUUUGUGAUACUCGCGCACGUUUCAGGUUGUAUGGCUGGGCAUAAGGCUGUGCUCCCAUGUCGUUUUUGUGACUGCACAGUCUCCAGUGUGCCAGCUUUUCAGUCCUGGAAAGAGCCAGCUCUGUAUUUGAAAACAGUGAAGUUAGGGACUCAUGCAUCUAUGAUUGUGGCCUGUGCUUAUUUUCUGCAACAACACCAAAAGUAGAGCACUGGAAGGCUGCAGUUAAUGAUCCUGGAUGAAGAGAAGGGUCUCAGAAAAGAUGCUGUGCAGACUGUAUUUCAGGCCCUCCAGACAUUUUGGUCUCCAACUCCCAUCAGCCCAGCUCUACAUGGCCAGGGUUCAAGGAUAAUGGAAGCUAUAGUCCAGCGACAUCAACGGGGGAGGGGAGGAGCACCCUUGCUGUACUGGUACCAGAGACCAUAUUUUGAGUGUCCCCAGGUGCAAGGUGUUUGUCAAGAGUUUUCAGCCUAUGGGAUUGCUCUUGUAGCAAUAGCAGGGUCGCAACGCAUAUCAUUCAGUAGUGUCUAUUGACAGACCUCAGUUUCUGACUCAUGGAAGACACAUAAAAAUGCAUGAAAACUUGGUCACUUCGUCUUUGCAGCAAUAGCUUUAUACAGAAGUUGUACAUAAGAAAAUAUAUAAUUUGUUUUCUACAUAUGAGUAAGAGGAUCUUGGUGUUUUGUUUUGUUUUCUUCUUUAAAAAAAUCCUCCUUGGAGUCAUUUACACUCGGUAACAGAGGAAUAAAUAUUUUAUAUUUAUAUAAACCUUCAGGAUUAAAAAAAAUAAAAGCAGUUAAAUUGAAAUUGUCGUACGGUAAAAUCCAUGGUGAUAAGCCACAGUCAUCUUGCUGCAAACAGCUAUAUGUCAUAGGGUGGAUGGAGGGAUCUUUUUUUCAGGAUGGCAGGUGAGAAUCCCUUUGUGUCGUCUCCCCCCUCCCACCCCUGCCCAUUUUAUAUACACACACCUUAUGAUAUCUUGUUCUUCUAGGACUGUGGGUUUCAAUCUUCCCUAAGAGAAACCUCCUCUGUUUCAUUGUCUGCCAAUGAACCCCUGUGAAUCGGCUCAAGAGCCUUGCAUGCAGAAAGGAUUCUGGGGCGCAAUCUCCAUUUGCAAGGCAUGCCGUCCAAAUCCAUUAGGCUUUGUCAUUGCUCAACAUGAACCGAGUGUGGAGCCUAGAAGCCAUCCCAACCCCCUCUUGGAUCUGCAUACUGACCAGGAGGAUCAGUAAUGGUGGGCAAUAGCCAAGUUGCCUUUUGGGGAACGGUUGUGUGUGGGUGAUUAGAAAAUCAGUAAUUGAGGAACCAGUCCCUGCCUCCCCCAAGUAAAAAAAGGGCUUCACUUCCAAUGAACCCUAAAUUUCUAUUUAGUCUGAUCAGCCUAGAGAGGAAAAUCUGCUGUUAAUUUUCAUGAUGACCAGCUAGCCCACCCAUACUGCUACAACUGCAGUCCUGAGUACAGAUUCACUGUGGUAGCGCCUCAAACAGGAGAGAUGCUCCAUCUCUUAUGAGCUGAACCUGGCGAGUUAUACUGCAUAUGUUAUAUAGGUAGAUUCUGGAGAUCCCAGCUCAAAGAAGUCCAAUAAAUCCAUUGUUGCCGCUCAUGUAUGGUUGAAGGGCAAGUUGUGAAAACCUUACCACAAAAAUGGUAAGGAUAACUUUGUUACCAGAGCCUGAUGGCCUUCUUGCAUGGGGGCGAGAGAAUCUAUUUAUACCAGGAAUAAAGACCCAAAUCACUGUCCCUGUUUUAUAUAGUCCCAGGAUUGCACUCAUGUUUCCGCAAAGCACAGGGCAAGGAUGUUGUUCUUUGAUUUGUUUUCCUACACAGAGCAUCUAGAUGGAAUUGGAUAUAAGGGUUCUGCAUUUGGCAGUUCAAAUGGGAUAUCAAACAUCAGAUGCCAAAUUCUUGAAUGACUGGGCAUUCGAAAGGGCAGAACAACCAUUGCAGCCCUCUAGUUGGUGAUUCAGUCUCUUUCUUACAUUGAACUGGUUGGGAGGGAAACAUCAGUCUGUGGCCAUAUUUGCACUUAUGAAAUCAAUAUUUUAACUGCUCACCCUAAGGAAUAUUGGCAUGUGUGGGUGCUGAGAAUUCCCCAUUGGAGAUCCCUAGAACCCCUCACCAGUGUCUUAAGCUUUCCUGCAUUGGGAAAGCUGAUUCUUAAAUCAGUUCAGUUGUGCAAUAUAGAUGGAGCUGGGAAUUGCUCACAUGUCACUGUUGCUAAAUCCCUUUCCCACCCCAUGCCUUGUUUUCAGUAAUCUUCCAGCAUUUGUCCCAUUGCUUCUCCCCUACUGACAACCACCACCCAGGUGGCACCCAUGCCAAAUAUUAAAAGAAGGCAAUGCAACCUUUGCAUUCAGAAUAACCCCCCCAAAAAUUUUCCUCACAGUAUAGGCCACGCACCGAAUUCAUGCUCUCAUGCUGGUAGACUUUAAGGUUCUGCUCAAGUACAAAGUUUCCAAUGCGAAAUCAGGGAGUCAUUGGGUUGGGGAUGUGGAGAAACUUUUAAUGUUCUCUGUUAACUCCCAUCCUGUUAGAAGGCAAAUCCCAGAGACAAACUGAGUAGCUGAAUGGCAUCAAGAAAGAGGACUGUGUACUUUACCAGCAGGAUCUAGUUUAGCUGUGUCUUAGCACUGCCAUGCAUAAGUUUAGGUUUUGUUUUUUGUUAACAACUAAAUCUUUUAAAAUAAUAGAUAUAAUAACAGAGGGGAGGGGAUGAAAUGGUGGAUUCCACUCUGCGAUCUUCAUAUAGCAAGAGGUGGUUGCUACCAGAUAUAUGUUUCUUGAAGGGGUGGAGCUGCUUGGGGAUGAAGGGCUUGGAUGGAGUCAGUAGUUUUCUGAUUGGUUGAAGCAGCCAGUCACCUGGACCAGCUUUCCUGGGUCCUGGGAGGGCAGGGAAGAAGAAAGAAAGAAAUACCUCCAUAAACCUAAAAAGUAUUCUGAGCAGAUCAAGUGCAAUAAUAAUUAUGCUUAACAUUUGUAUGGCGCUUUCACAUUUUCAGAGCACCUCACCUGCUUAAUCCUCACAAGAACUCUGCAAGGCAAGUUAGUUUUACCACCACCCCAUAUUGCAGGUGGAGGGACUGAGGCUGGACAUGAGUGUCUUGCCCAGGACGAUUUAGUGAGUUCCUGGCAGAACGCCCUGAUUGAUACCUCCAGCAAGUUUCAAAAGUUCUGCAGAGUGACCAUUUUAAAACAGAGAUGACUCAAACAGGAGAACUUUCCAUGGAAAAACACACCCCUCUGGUCAGGCAAUAAAACAUGCUCUGGUACAUUCACAGUGUUCAGGAGGCAGGAGCUCAGCUGGGUUUAGCCAAUAGAUGAGUUGACAUAGUGUCAGGGUAUAGACAGACAUAGCCAGCAGCUUAGCUUUGGAACAAGAUUCUCUCAUCUGUUGCUUUCUGUUUCUCACUCAUUCCUCUGGACUCCUUUCCCCUGCCCAAACCUUUGGCAACAAGAAACUAUGUUGUUUCCAACCUCGCUUCUCUGAACUGCAUCCAUCUCUGACUACCGGGAUGCCAUGUUCUGGGACACGGGGUCCUUGUAUGUAAUGCAAAUGUAUGUGUUUUGUAAGGUAUUGGACUUUUGACAACUAUACAAAAUGAAGCCUUCUGUUGAGACACAGAACAGGAACAGGCCAGGUGCCUAUGCUGCCAGCUUACGUAAUUAUGCCCUGCCAGUGGGCCUCAGGGAUGGGUAGAAGAGGAUUCCAUUCAAAGAAGCCUAUGGAACAGCUUUGCUGCUGACACUACCAGUAACGGAGAGCUAGCCGUUAGUUCUGUCUAGGCUAGAGCAACAUGGCAGGCCCUCCCAUUCUGAAAAACGGCACAACACUGUGAAUCAGGACCUCACUCGCCUCACUUUCUCUGGUUGCAAAUAUACGUGGGCAGACACUGGUGCUAGAAAAUGUGUCACCUGUUUGAUACUAUGGGUGUGGUCUCAUAAUAUUUUAUGGGGUAAUUUUGGGUGUGAUCAGGCGAAGCCUGUGUGGGAAGGGUUCUCUGAAAGGCAUCUUAAAUAGAAAACAGGAGGGGGGGGGACAAUUGCCUGCUUAAUGGCGACUUCCCUUCUUGGACCUCUUCGUGGGGACCUUGCAACCGCGGAGUGCAGAGGUAUCUCUGAUCUGCUGUCCUCGAGCUGAAGAGGGCGAUGCGCAGGCUGCAUCAGGGCGUGAUCGAGUGGAUUCCAGCCACCUACAGAAGAAAAAGCAAAUUUGCAUGGUCACAACAGUGUGGUUGUCAGGGUAGAUCUCCUGAGUGAGAUUUACCAACUUAUGCCUUGUACUGGCAAGGAUUCAUUAGCUAACCAGUACAUCUUAUCUAUAUCUCUCUAUCAUCUGUCUAUCUAUCUAUCUAUCUAUCUAUCUAUCUAUCUGUCUAUCUAUCUGUCUAUCUAUCUGUCUAUCUAUCUAUCAUCUAUCAUCUAUCAUCUAUCAUCUAUCAUCUAUCAUCUAUCAUCUAUCAUCUAUCAUCUAUCUAUCUAUCUAUCUAUCUAUCUAUCUAUCCAUCCACAAACACACAUAUACAAGAGUGGACUAGGGGAGUCAUUGCACCCAUGAGAUAUAGAACAAAGUGUUCUUUUACCUGCGCAGAGGUGCUAGCUGACAGGAGCAGUGCCAAGGGUUGUUCGACAGGGUGAGGGUCUCAAGACGGCUGAAAGGGAAGUUCCCAGGAAGACUGGACAGUUUGUUGUUCUCAAUGUGAACAGUCUUCAGUGUGGUUACGCCAGCAAAUGCUUUAUCUGAAAACUGAAGCACAGGCACAUGUGUCAAUCAUCACGCAACCAGCAGGGAAAGGAGAAGCUUAUCCUUUGGGCCUAGUUGACAAAUCAGUUUUUUUGCUGGCAGUACAUUUUGACUUGGUGUGGAUACUUUUGGGCUUUCCGUCGGCAUGUGGUUGGACACUGUAAGUACAGGAUGCUGGAAUGGAUGUACCUUUGGGUCAGAUCCAACAAGGCUCUUCUGUUUCUAUGACUCCAACCCAAAGUCCAGCAGCCACUUAAGUAACUCCCAUUUCUCUUUCUGUAUUUCUCUUCAUCAGUGAUCAGUGUUUCAGGGAUCAAUACCAGGGUGGGGGAUGUAGUGUGGAAUGCCCAUUAGAUUUUUACAUGCACACCUAAACUAUGAAUUUAGCCAUAAGUAUCCCUCCUUCUCCUCCUCCUCCUUCAACUAUAGCAGGCUUUAGGACCAAAUUGCAUGAUGCUGAGUUUUGUGUAGUCUCCCCCCAUUAAAAAAAUAAAUUCCCCACUCCUCUUUCUGGUGGCUUUCCUCAUAAGAAAAGAAAGAAAGAUGCAGCCAUUUCAGAAAAAAAACUUCUAGAAGGGAAAAGGUUAGCAAGCCUUUCCCCACCACCAGCAUUGUGCGUCUUCCACUUUAAACUUCUUCAGCUGUAUUUUGUAAAAGACAAAAACAGGGGUAGACUACACAUGGUUGAGCUUUAGUUUCCUUCCCUGCAGCAUGAAUCUUCCUGAGCUCCGGAGAAGAGCGAAGGGUGGAAGGAGGACCACCUUAGUAUUUGUCUUCAUACUUUAGGGUCGCUGAAUUUAAGCUCUUGGAAUCUGAAACCAUGACACUACAGGCAUGUGUAGCGUACAAGGCUGUUCUCUGAUUAGAAGAGACAUUGAUGACCUUUUUGGGGGGGUUAUGUGCCUCAUAUUAUUUAAAAGAUAUGUGUGUUCCGACAACCUCCAUCGCUCUCCCUGCCUCCAGCUUCUUUCUAGACAUCUCUUCAUUUCCAAACAAGCAAAGAGAUUAUUUGGCUUUUCAUAGUUGAAAUCCUUUCUGGCACCCGGUUGCCACAUUCAUGGAGAGGAGUAUUUGUGGAGACUCAAGGGCCUGUAGACUUUGGCAGAACCCGGUGGACUCUCAAUGGAAAGUUACACUUGGCAUUCAAGCACAGUAGAAAUAGCAAGGCAGAUUUCCAGUGACUCAAGAUUCCUCUCCCCUUUCUCUUUUUCCUGACCGGGAUGCUGCAUAAUAUGUACAUUUAUGCCAUAUAUAGGUUUGCUUGGAGAUUACAGCUCUUUCACAGAAUUACGAGACGGUAAAGAGCUAAAGCAGUUAUUUCUUGGCCUAGUUGUCAUCGUUGCUCCUUGCUUCACUUGGAAAAAUUCCCAUGCACACAAACCCAACAACAUAAACUUCCUUGGAGACUACUAAUUUAGGUUACAACUACCAGUGGUUACAACAAUGUUCUCCCCACUACCACUCCCCUUAUUCCCUUUCAGGGAAAUGAAAAGAAUAUCUACUAAGCCCGGAUAAAAUUACAAGUCAUUCCACUGUUUCCACAACACGUCACAAGAAUCAACUAAUCGCUGAAUAAAUUCCUCUACAGACCAUCACUGAAUGAAUCCCAGAACAUUCUCCUUGAGUUGUUGGCAGGGCUCUUUUUCACACGAGAUGCAAAGGCAAGCAUCUCAUCUUAAAGAGCUGUAUAUAUUUGAAGGAGAUGUGCUGCAAUUCUAGAGGGCUUUGUGGUUCACCGCCAGAUGUUGUAAUUCUUGCUCCUUUGUGUAGUGGUGUUAUGCACCCGCUCUUAGAUAUUGUACCUCCUGGUGCUGAGUUUGUGCUGGAGUCAUCUAGUGUAGCUAUUGUCUGAAAGGAUGAGAUGAGACUGAGUGUUUAUAUAGAUUACUUCCUGUUCAUUCCCUUUUUACCUUUAGUUGUGGCAGGGAUUAAAUCAUCUUUUGAAUUUGUGAUCUUCCCAGGGAAGGUGUAGCUCUGUUUGGUUGCUCAUUGAGAAGUCUGUUGACCCAUUCCAAAAGGUUGCACUGUCAUCUCUGGUAUUUGCCAGCUGAGCCUUGGCUGGUUGAUACUCUGGCCUGGAAACCUAACUAUUACUAAAUGCCUAGGUCUGCUAUCUGCUUGCAGAAACCUCUAAUGUUGAAACUACGUGUAAAAGUGUUGUGUUCAUUACGUUGACUACUGAAAUAGCAAAUUCUCAGCUUUUAGAAGCUUUGUUUAGAAUUCAUGUUAAGGGUACCAAUGUGUGCCAGGAAACAAACCAUAUCGGAUUGCUAAACAAAAGGAGAACCAAAGUCCACAGCAGAGUAAUUAAGGUGGGCAAGGAGAAGAGAGUUAAGGGAGCUGGAGAAAGGGAAGUGUUCAUGGAUCCCCUUCUCAGGUUAUAUCAGCAGUAAUGCUGACAUGGGGGAAGGAUCCAUAGCAUCAACUUCUUUCAUCUGGCUUGGUUUUUCCCAUGUCACCCAACAGAACCCAUGAAGAGGAGUAUGUGAAACUGCAUAGAUGGGAUUAGACUAGGUUUAUGUAUAUGCAGGUAGAUUGAAGAAGCAAGAAGCACUGAGGGUCCACACAGGUGGAAGGGAGAUUCUGAUUAGGCUCCAGCAUGUGUACAAAACUCCGCCUGAGACCCUCCUUUCCUGUGGAGCUUUCUGAAGUUCCAGCCUUCGAAUGGGAUCAGUGAGUAUCAUCCAUUCACGAGCCAGAUGGCAAAAGACAUAGCUGGUUUAUGGUGCUGUGGACAGCUCCCUUGUGGACUUCUCCUUUCUGGAUUAGAUACCAUCCUUUUCGGAUAGGAAAUACAUGUAACUGUCAAAUAGUAAUCCAGUUGCUGGUAUAACUAAACUUCAAACCGUGAGCCAGGAUUCUGGACUGGUGAAAAACACCAUUGUGUGUCUCUGAGUUUAUACAAUUCAUUCAACACUCCAAACCCAAUUGUUCUUUUAGGUACUGUAUACUGUAUUCUGCUCAGGUAAAGCCUAACAGAGUUCCACAACUACUUCAAGUGGUUGUUUGUUUUUUAAAAGUGUGUCACAAGAUAACACAUUUAUGGUAGCAUGUAUGCAAUUCUGAGGCUCUUGAAUGCUGUUGUAAUUUGGAAAUUGAAAAGCUCUUUCAUCAAGAGGACUUCACAUUGCUCCAGUCCUGAAUAAUUUGCCAGUUGCCAAUCCCCAUCCCUGAAAACUCCCUCCUCCCUCUCUGCCACCACCACCUGCUUCAUAACUUUGCGUCUUGGGGUGAAUCUUGCUCCUUCGGGUGAAUCUGUUUGUUCACCGUUCAUCCUGAUACGUCUGCACAAAGCUUACAUGGAGCUUAGACUGUGUCUGGUAUGUACGGAGUAUUCAUUCUGAUUUGUGAACAAGGCUCAUAUGACAAUGAGCAUUUCUCCUGAAUUGUUUCUUGGGUGUUUACAUGACUUUCUGUUAAUCGUUUUUUCACCCCACUUUCUCAAUGCAUAAUCUAUGAUGCCUUCAGACUGUCCCUUUCCACACUGCAAAAAGUUCAUUUUAAAAAUGUGGAUUUGUGCUUUAAUCUAUUUUAGUUGCACAGACCUGAAGUUCUAGUAAGCAAUUGAAUCUCCCCCCCCCCCAGUGAAAUAUUGACAGUGUAGAUACCCUGUAUUAGCUCUGUGCUCUGGAUGAUUUUCUUUUCCGUGUAAAAUGUGUAUUUAAUUUUGUUUGCCAACACUCUGUCAUUCACAGAGCUUUAUUGCUGGGGGGGGGGCAGUUCAUGUUGCUGCAUCCCUUAGCAUCUCUUUGAGGGUCACUGUUUUGGUGCUGAUUCACCUGGAUAACCUCAGCAUGGGUACAUAGCAUGGCUGGAAACUUCCCUCCUUGUUCACCUGGAAGCCUUCCAUGAUCCUUCUGCUUCUGUUUGAUGUGGUCUCUUCCCCCCCAUCUGGGACAUGCUCCAUCUAGUGUGAUGUCACUGCUGCCUCCUGUUUACGAAAAGCACCUCAAGCAUGAUGCUUCAGCCUCUGGGACAUGACUCAUUUGCCGAGAAGAAGAGGAGUAUUUUGCUGCAUUACCUGAAUGUCCCUCUAGCUCUCUUGAUAGGAACAGAGUGCCUUUGUGGAGCGCUGUGAGGGUUUCUCUUGAGAGAUAGUCAAUAAACAAACCCUUCUUUAUGAAGUGUAAGGUUGGAGAGAGGCAAAGAUGCAAAAGUCCUCAUGUGUGCUCAGUCUACCUGACUGCAGAGCACUCACCAGUCGCUGACGUUAGCCUCCACUUCUGCGGUGGUCAUUGCAUUCACUUACUCGUUCCAAUAACAGGCCAUCAGUCUGGUGUCUAGGAACAGAGCUUUUACUCUCCCUUUUGCAAACGGCAGGUAUAGGGGUGCCAGCCUUUUGUCUCCAGUACUCUGUCCCAUUAAUUUCCUAGUCCAGCCUUCCCCAAGAUUGUGCCCUCCAUACAUGGUUGGACAAUGGAAGUUGUCCAUAAGGCUGCUGGGAGUUGUAAUCCAAUAUAAUCUGGAGGGCACCAGGUUGGGGAUCUAGUCUCUGCCUGUCAAUCACUCCCACUAUACAAACAGACACAGCCUUUGCAUCAUUCAUUUUGGAGGACAGGCACCAUGACCAUGGCUGUUAUUAUUCAAUAUUGUUUAGUUUGAAAGCAUCACAGGCUCCAUGCAGAACCAUGAAGCCUCCAAGUUACAGGGCUUACAAACAGAUGAGAUGAAGGCAAAAGGGGGAGGAAUUUCAAAUGAGUAACUAGAACAGAUAGUGGACAGGGCAGGGAGGUAGGUAGUGGAAAUGUGAACAGUGAUGCAGAAAAACAUUCGUUUCCGUUCAGGAGCAACCUGAAGGAGGAAAGGGCCCCAGGGCUUGGUGGAGAGAGAACUGACUGCUAGGAAAUUAUUCCAGAACAACUUAUUUCAAAUUUAGGAGCGUGAAAUGCAAAUAAUAAACCUAUCACCUUUUAUCGUUAUUUUGCAUUUUCACUAGCACCUGAAGUGCUUUUUUGCUAACGAUUUGCUUCUGUAGUUGGGUGCUGUGAGUUGUUAGGAAGCCUCUCCCAGAGCUACAGUUCUGAGCACCCUUAACAAACUACAGUUCCCAUGAUUUCUUGGGGGGGGGGCCAUGACUGUUAAAAGAGUAUUUUUAAUAUAUGGCAUGGAUGUUACCCUAGCCAUGAUGUAAACAGUCAAAGCUCUUCAGGUUUGACAAACAGGGGAGAGAGUCUGUGUAGGGAGUCCUGUCCUUUUCACAUCCCACUUACCCAUUUCCCACCAUCAUUGAAAUAUUUGCUUCAAAGGGGCAUGACCUGUAGGGAUGGGCAAAUCUGCCCACUUCAUUUUCUCUCAAAUUUUCAUUUUUCUGAUCUUGAGUUCCAUUUAUCCUAUGUCCACAUCAGUUUGGGAUUAUUUUUUAAAGCCUGCACAUUCCUCAUAAACUACACAUUUUUGCAAGCAGUUUCCCCUAAUAUAAUACACUUUGUACAUUAUUUUCACUAAUGCACACUUAUUUGUGCACCCUUUCCUGUAAAUAUCUGAAGGAGCGUCUCCACCCCCUUCAUUCUCCCUGGACACUGAGAUCCAAGCGCCGAGGGUCUUCUGGCGGUUCCCUCAUUGUAAGAAGUGAGGUUACAGGGAACCAGACAGAGGGCCUUCUCGGCAGUGGCGCCCGCCCUGUGGAACACCCUCCCUUCAGAUGUGAAGGAAAUAAGCAGCUAUCCUAUCUUUAAAAGACAUCUGAAGGCAGCCCUGUUCAGGGAAGUUUUUAAUAUUUAAUGCUGUACUGUUUUUAACAUUUGAUUGGGAGCUGCCCAGAGUGGCUGGGGAGACUCAGCCAGAUGGGCGGGAAACAAACAAACAAACAAACAAACAAACAAAAUUGUUAUUGUUAUUGUUAUUUGGAUGGAGAACUGCAUCACUGAAUUCAGUGACGUGCACAUCUUGAAGGGUAGCUUCAUUUUGAUUGGCUCAAGAAGUGGGAAUUAGGUGGAUUCCUGUUAAAAUGUGAACCAAACUAAUUCCUCCCCUGCCCCCAUCCAUAGGAGCCAGUCACGUUUUUCCAAACCUGGCGUUGCCCUCUUCUUCUCCCCCAACAUGCCUUCCAGGCUCCUGAGAAGAAGGUAGCAAAUGCUUUCACCUUCCCUACAAAGAAACUACAAAGAAAACUGUCAGUCCCCCCCAUUUCUGAAUCUAGCUUAUGCUUUGAAACAUGCUGCCUCUUCUCCAAAUCACCCAGGAGGCUGUGGCAAACCACUGGGUUUACUUUCAGGCUGUGUGGCUUUCCUUCCCCCAUCAAUGUUGUUCCCAAAUGUAGCAUUUGUCUUUCCUCUGUCGGAAUGAAUUAUAAUGUUAAAAGGUGCACUGCAAAGACGCCACUGGAAGCAGGGGGAUUGAAACCUGCUUCCUGCCGCUCAUCUCCCCUGCAUGUGGAGUGAAAGCAGGAUGUGCACCCCAAACGGUGUCCCACUUAUUUUGCCCCAUACAGUGGUACCUCAGGUUAAGUACUUAAUUUGUUCUGGAGGUCCGUUCUUAACCUGAAACUGUUCUUAACCUGAGACGCCACUUUAGCUAAUGGGGUCUCCCACUGCCGCCGCGCCACCAGAGCACGAUUUCUGUUCUCAUCCUGAAGCAAAGUUCUUAACCCGAGGUACUAUUUCUGGGUUAGCGGAGUCUGUAACCUGAAGCGUAUGUAACCCGAGGUACCACUGUAUAACUGUGAUGGGAGCGACUGAGAACCCAGCCAGCCCUUACUUCUGUUUUUUAACUGUGCUUUAGGCAUGAGUGUGGCAGAACAGAAAGAGGCUGCGUUUGAAAAGUCUGCAUUAGAAGCGUUUGCAAACAUUGUGGUGGCUGGGGGUAUGCAGUGGUACCUUGGGUUACAGAUGCUUCAGGUUACAGACUCCGCUAACCCAGAAAUAGUACCUCAGGUUAAGAACUUUGCUUCAGGAUGAGAACAGAAAUUACAUAGUAGCGACAGCGGGAGGCCCCAUUAGCUAAAGUGGUAGUUCAGGUUAAGAACAGUUUCAGGUUAAGAACGGACAUCUGGAACAAAUUAAGUUCUUAACCUGAGGUGCCUCUGUAUAUGGAAGGCAACAAUGCCUCCGAAGGGCAAAGGUUGCUUUCCCCGCAGAAGAGAAGGGGAACAAUUCAUUCAUAUGUAAAGAGGUGAUGCACCUGGUAGUCUCAGCCACUGAGAAUAAACUCAUGGCUUGAUGGCUCACCUGGGGUGGCUAACCUUGUUUGUCACCCUUGCCCUUGGGCAGCCCUUCAGCACCUGCAUGCCAACAGUGGGUAUGGCCACCUUGCACCUUCACUUUGCACACACAGACCGCCCCCCUCCUCCGCUGAUCCAUGCAGAUCAGCGGAGGGCGAUGGGAUCAUCACCCUCUCCCUGCUCAUCAAAUGAUUGAUCCAAUGACCAAGGAGGGGGCUGGGUUAGGUGCAGAAGUUAAAUCCUCUCUGUCCAACCCAGUAUAGUGCCUUACUUUAAUUUCUAUUUCCUUUUUGGUGCUGGCAAAAUGGGGAGCGGGUGCAGGGAGUGGGCAGAAAACUGUGUGGGGAGCUACAUUAAUGUCCCACUGCUGUUGCUAGAACGGGAUGGAAUUUGGGUAAGAGCGAGAUGGAAUAUUUUGAAUGGGUAAGAUCUAGGGAGGGAGAGGGAAAUUUCUGUGGACCGCUUACCUUUUCUAGGCCCAUGUUGUCCAGGCUGAGUGUCUCCAUGUAGCGCCCAAAGGACUGGAAGGCUAAAUCCGGGAUGAUCUUCAUGGGGUUGUUUGAGAGUUUCAGGUCCUCCACCACUCUCAGCUUGCUCAUGGCAGCCCCAGGGUAGCUGGUCAGAUGGUUCUUAUCCAUAUGGAAUAUGGCUAGGUUCUCCACAUCGUCCAGGGCCGCAGGAUGGAUGGAGUUGAUAGAGUUGUUCGAGAGAUAGAGCCAGCGGAGAUCCUUGGUCCCAUGGAAGGCUCCUGCUCUCAACUCUCGGAGCUUGUUGCUGCCUAGCUGCAGGAUGAAAAGGUUGAUCAGUGGGGAGAGGAGCCCCUUGGGCAGGUCUGGGAUCUUGUUGUGGUCUAGGUAGAGGUAGGUGAGCUCUGUCAGGUCAUCGAAGGCCCCCAUCUUUAUGACGCUGAUGUCAUUGUUGGACAAGUAAAGGUAGACCAGCUGCUUCAGGCCCCGGAAGGCUCCGCUGGAGAUCUCUUUGAUGUGAGAAUGCUGGAGGUGGAGAGAGACGAGGUUCUUCAUCUCCCUGAAACCGUUGGUCGGCAGGACGGGGAAGUUGUUCCUCUGCAGGUUGAGGAGACGUGUCUGCUCAGCUACCUUGGGGAUCCUUCUCAGCCCAACGUUGUCACAGAUGACAUGCUGGAGGUCUCCCCCGUGGCAGUGGCAGUUCUGAGGACAUGCCUGGAGAACGGGCAGGAGGCAUAGCAGCAAGCCGAAGAGCUUGAGUACGAAGCCUGACCGGUCCAUGUCCACAGAGCUGUGAUGGAUGUGCAGGGAGAAGCAGCGGCAGCAAGAGGAGAAGGAGGAGGAGGAGGGAGAAGGUGGAAGGGAGAGUGAGCAUGCAGCAAGCUGAACACAGCCCUAUUUAUAAUGUUAUUAAAAAACAAAAUCCCUUCCCACUAACCGCAGCCAGCAGCCAGACUCUGACUUGGAAGCAACUGGCUUCAGGAACUUGGUGUGACUUUAACCCCUUGGCACCAAGCACAGAGGGAUCCUCCUUCCCUCUCCUCUUCUUAACUUUGAUGAUGCAGGGAGUGCUUCCCCUGCUAACAAAUCACCACGGGGAACAGUGUUUGAAUGUCUGUUGUUGAAUAUUCUUGUCCUUCCCUGAACCAUGUGUGCAGGAAAAUAGAACCGUAUCUAAGGGGAUCUUCAGAUGUGCUGAGGGGGAUGUUCUUCUUGUUGCCUUCUAAUCAGUAGCUGAUAGGAAAGGCAUGCCAGGGUAACUAACAUGGAAGCAAUCUGAAUUCCUCCUCUGCCCGGUUCACAGGGCAUCUUUUGGGCUAUUCCAUUGAGUAUACUGAUUGUCUACUGUGGAUGCAAUCCAUCUUCCCCCCUGCCUCCCCUCCAUCUGGCUUACCUAGAGCUCAGAGGUCUACAUCCUUUAUUUGUUGUUUUUCACUAUUCAUAAUAAUAAUAAUGCAAGUAACAAAUAGCCUCGCAGCUAAAUUGUUGGCUGAACUUGGCAGUUAAGUAAUACAACAACACCACAAACUGGCUUGUAAGUAUAAAACCAAAUUUACUAGAAUAAUAGCUAGAAUAGAGAUAGACUUGUAACCAUUCAAACAACAAACAUACUAAGGUGCCAUGUGCAAGACAAAGCCUGGAGAUACUGUAAACAUGGAGUGGAUAAAUGUACAACCCUAUCUUAACAAGUUACAUGUGCAGUAAACGUUAUACAGACUGGAUAAAUGAACCGUUCAACAAGUAGCGCAAGUCCAAUCACAGAACGACAACCCCGUGCUGCCACAAUGGCAAGGGUAGCACACUGGAGAAUAUGAAAAAGUUUUUCAAAGCUGUUUUUCAAAGAUUGAACUGGAUGAGAUGUUCUUCAAUGGGUCUUCAGUUGGAAACACAAAGCCGUAUGCAUGGAUCAAUCACGGGAAGGCAAAUCAAAGCCACCACCCUGGUGAGAAUAAUGCAAGUGGGCAAAAGGAGACCUGUUCUCCAGAUAUAUUACAGGUUUCACUACACGCUUCAUCAGUCUGAAAAGCUGCAUGAUACAAAAUAGCACUCCAAUUGCAAUGUGUGGUGAACCAUACAAAUUAGAAAAUAUCAAUCUCAUACUAUACCUUCCCCAGUCAUACAAAACGGUUUGCUCAGGAUAAAGAAAGUAUACACAGGCACAGGUAGUGUUCAGACUCAUAACAAGCAGUUAAAUACAAUACAGGUGUAUAGAAUCAAUCAUCACAUAGUGUUGGACUCAAACUCCCAUCAGCCCCAGUCAGCAUGAUCAGUGAUCAGGGUUGAUGGGAUCUAGAGUCUGAUAACCUCUGGAAAACUUUUAAAAAAUCAAUUUAAAAAACAGUGAAAGCACCAUCAGUAAAACUAAGUUCAAGUGGCAGUACUUAAAAAUGCCCUCUGGAAGAGAGCAGAGAUUGGGCCAGGCAACCUCCCUGGAGCAAGGUGUUGGUGCCACUGCAGGAAAGCCUCUGCUCCUUGUGUCCAGUCUCCAGACUUCAAAUGAUGGAGGGACACAGAACAAAGUCUCAUUGGAUGAUAUUCAUGGUUGGGCAACUUCAUAUCACUGGAGACAAAUCCCAAAUCAUUUCUGGCUUUAAAAGUCAAAAAUAGCACUUUGCCUAAAAGCAAACUGACAAACAGUUUAGAUGGUAUUAUAUCACAGUUGCACGCUCCAAUCUGUCACUUGUAGUUCAUGUUCUGGCAGCUGUAUUCUCGUCUGGCAGAAGCUUCCAAGCUGUCUUCAAAGGCAUCACCAUAUAGAUCGUACUAUGGUAUCACCUUGCCAACAAAGGCCUGUAUAGUAAAAGCUAUGGUUUUCCCAGUAGUGAUGUAUGGAAGAGAGAGCUGGACCAUAAAGAAGGCUGAUUGCCGAAGAAUUUAUGAUUUUGAAUUAUGGUGCUGGAGGAGACGCUUGAGAGUCCCAUGGACUGCAAGAAGAUCAAACCUAUCCAUUCUGAAGGAAAUCAGCCCUGAGUGCUCCCUAGAAGGACAGAUCGUGAAGCUGAGGCUCCAAUACUUUGGCCACCUCAUGAGAAGAGAAGACUCCCUGGAAAAGAGCCUGAUGUUGGGAAAGAUGGAGGGCACAAGGAGAAGGGUAUGACAGAGGACGAGAUGAUUGGAUAGUGUUCUCGAAGCUACCAGCAUGAGUUUGACCAAACUGCGGGAGGCAGUGGAAGACAGGAGUGCCUGGCAUGCUCUGGUCCAUGGAGUCACAAAGAGUCAGACACAACUAAAUGACUAAACAACAAUGGUAGGCUAACCUGGAGCUGAUUGAGGCAUAAAUAAUGGCUAGGUCUGACUUCCUGAAGAGAAGGUGUGGCUGGUGUUUAAUAUAGAGCUGGUAAAAGGCACCCCUAGCCACAGCUUGGUCAUCUAGGAGUAAGGUUGGGUUCAGUAGUACUUCUAAGCUACAAACCUGGGAGUGCCAUCCCGUCUACUCAUAAACCACCUGCAGUAGAGAUCCUGGCACAUUAAGCUAGUGAGAGGGGAGUGGAGAGAUGUGGAGUUCCCUUCCUUCCAUUUUUUAGCAAAAGUGGAGGCAGAGAAUAGAGCACAUAGUAUCUGUGCACUUGAAAGGCCAGCACAGAGACACAGCACGAUGUGAAGCAGUACCCAAGAACCCCAGGCCUUGGUCCUUUGCCAAGUGGGGACAGGACGGGGGGUGGGGGAGAGAGAGACUACAGAGGAGUUGAGGGCAGAGGCUGGAAAUGGAACAUUUUGAGCUGGUUUCUCGCCAGAUGCUGUUGGCUGUAGCAAACAACUAAGACCUGGGCAUAUACAACUGUGAGCUUGUUGAGGCUUCCACUGCUGGAGCUGGCUACAAAAGCCAAGCCGGCUGGGGUGUUUACGGAGGCGAGACAGUCUCAAGAAAGGGAGGAAAUCCAAGGACUGGUUUAGGACACAGAGGAGGGAUUAUUCACAAGGAUGCCUGGCUUUUUCCAUUGUUGAAAGGAGGUAUCGCGGCGCAUGCGGCGCAGGGCUGUUAUGCACACUGGCCAGGCCUCUUGUUUUGCAGAGGUACAUUUCAAAGGGACUUUUUAACUGAAGUUGGAGGGCUUUUUUUGCACCUUGGGGUGUGUGCGUUGAUUUUGGGUCAUAAUUCCAGGCAACUUUUACUACUGCCAAAUGAACUGUGCAACAUUAUUUUUUGACAACUUCCCAUGAAGUUCUCUCAGAAGUGAAGAACUGGAAAGGUGGCGAACUCACUCCUGUGAUGCCCAGUGUCCUGUGCUGUCCAUAAUACAUAGCCCAGUACUCACCUGAGUUCUCAGCUUUGUUCUUUUACCUGCCUGGAGCUCUGGCUUCCCGGUGUGUCCUAUUCUUCCACCCCUCCCACUGCAAAUGUCCAGCUCUGUUUACUUCCACUACCUUUGCAUUCUGGACAUGCUCUGAACUUCAUUCCUCUUUCUAGUGAGCUUCUGGCCUCCCAUUGUUCCCUUCAGUGUAGUCUACCAUAGGGCUGGGUGAUAUCUGGUUUUCAACAUCGCAAUAUGUUGCUAUAUCACAGUGUCUAAAAUAAGGAUGGAACUAUGUAGAGGUGAACAGUAAGACUGGGCGAUACCUGGUUUACAACAUCAUUAUAUAUCACCAGCUAGACAUCAGAAUAUACUGAUAUAUCACAAUGUCUGAAAUAAAGAUGGAGCUUUGUUGGGGCAUUGUCUGGCUUCACAGUUUUCCCACAUUGUGAUUUUUGCUUACCACACACGCACAGACACACCAUGAUUCUAUAUUGCCAGGUCAAAAAUUAUGAAACCUAUAUCGCAAUAUGGACUUCAAACCGGUUUUAGAUUAUAUAUCACCCAGCCCUAAAUGAUAUAUUGCCUAGUCUACAGUUGUAGCCAGCAAAUUCUGGGAGGCACCCCCUGCAAAAACAACACUGCCAGCAUGGAUUGCCAUGUGCCCAGAUUUUCCUGGACAUUUUUGCGAUUUGCGCCCAGACCCUGCUUCCGACUGCAGUAUUCCGGAUAUGUCUGAGAAAUUCCGGAUGUAUGGCAACCCUAUUAGCAUAGGCAUAUGAUUGCGCUCUUCAUGGCUCGCCUUGUGGCACUGCAGAGAUUAAACAAGACCCACAUGUUUUCUAUUCAGAACAUAUCAAGCAAGGCACAAAGGCUGUAAUGGCAGUAUUUACCAGGAGAUGCUUUUUCAAUCCCCUUGCAAGCCUACUGACUUUAAAAUUUAGCAAAAUGGAAAUUCUUUUCUCCUGGAAGUUUUUUGGGCUCUCCUGCUGCUUUGAUGUGGGUAAGCUUCUGCAGGAGGUUUGGUGUAAGGGGAACAUCAGUAAGAGCCCUUUAUGGGAUGGCCUUAAAUGGAAUCACCUCUGGACUCUCUGUUGUCUGAAGCCUGAACUUCUUGGUGGCACUCGCUCCAGCGGGAUUUAGUGUUUGCCUACUAACUUUCACAGUUCUUUACCAGGGAUGAGUAAGAGCUGGGCAAAAAGCAGGCAGUGAUUCUUCUCACAAGGCUCACAGUUUACCUAGUUCAUGCCAGUGUCUCCUGGGUGGCAUGCGGUCAGGAAGUGACAAUGGCUCCUGUGUCAAUUCUCCUUCUGCACCAGGGCAACAAACACAUCACUUUCACUGGACCUCUAUUCAGUCCUCUUGCUUGGAGGCUCCCAUGGGGCCUGGACCAGCAGGAUGGUCUCAGAAGAGGCAGGAUUAUCCCGCAAUCCCCUCCUUCUUAAUUGAUUAACAGUUCUGCAAACAUUCCCUGCCAUAGAAGUGUGUGAAUCAAGUGGCCAAUAAUUUACGAAGGUCAGACUCCUCGCUGCCUCUCCGCAGAGGCUCUUGUGGGGUAAGCAAAUAAAUGCACCAUUUUCAAAUCAGCAUAAAUAUAGAUUUCAGUGGCAUCAUAGCUCAGGGUUGUUUUGGUCCUCCUAGUUUUUUAUGUAGAUAGUCCACUUUCCCCCUCCCUUUUUUUUAAAAGCACACCCUUACGUUUCAUUAAAAUUAACACAUGUACCGUCUGUGUGACACCCCCUGCCCCCUGUGAUACAUUGCAACAUGGUUUGCAAAUAGCAAAAGUCUGAAUUCAGCACAUGGUGCAAAUAAAAAUUCAUGACUGAAGUCACUAGGUUGUUGUUGUUUAGUCGUUUAGUCGUGUCCGACUCUUCGUGACCCCAUGGACCAGAGCACGCCAGGCACUCCUGUCUUCCACUGCCUCCCGCAGUUUGGUCAGACUCAUGUUUGUUGCUUCGAGAACACUGUCCAACCAUCUCGUCCUCUGUCUCCCCUUCUCCUUGUGCCCCCCCAUCUUUCCCAACAUCAGGGUCUUUUCCAAGGAGUCUUCUCUUCUCAUGAGGUGGCCAAAGUAUUGGAGCCUCAGCUUCAGGAUCUGUCCUUCCAGUGAGCAAAGUCACUAGGUUAUUAUUUAUUAAAUCUGCAUACCGCCCUUCAUCCGUAGACCUCAGGGCAGUUUGCAACACAAAAUGGCGCCAUAAGAAACACAAAAUAAAGGUAAAGGGACCCCUGGCCAACUCUGGGGUUGCGGCGCUCAUCUCACUUUAUUGGCCAAGGGAACCGGUGUACAGCUUCUGGGUCAUGUGGCCAGCAUGACUAAGCCGCUUCUGGCGAACCAGAGCAGCGCACAGAAACGCCGUUUACCUUCCCGCCGGAGUGGUACCUAUUUAUCUACUUGCACUUUGAGGUGCUUUCGAACUGCUAGGUUGGCAGGAGCAGGGACCGAGCAACAGGAGCUCACCCCGUCGUGGGGAUUCGAACCGCCGACCUUCUGAUCGGCAAGUCCUACGUAAUAAAAAUAAAAACAAAAGCAAACUAAUAAUUCCUCUUCCCACAACACAUUGUUUCACCCAUAAGUUCUAAUGAGGAUAACAGAAGAAAUGAUUUCAAGACAAAUGCCCGCUGCUAGGAUAAAUGAGUGCCAUAGAAAAAGCGGGCGAGGAGAGAGAGAACUGGUCUACCUGUCCUUUCCGUGCACUUGCCCUUACUGUUUUCUGAACGCUGGGAUAAUCCUCCCAGUCUCAGACAAAUGGAUUAGUUACUUAGCGAGGGCAUCUAUGAAGGCAUGGAUAAAACAGCAAGUUAAUGUCACAUACUUUUCUGCAACGGCUGCCAAGCGGCACUUCUGAAGCUCACGUAGGAGCUGGAGAAAUACUUAUGAACCACAAGAAUGCUAAUCAUUCUGGAAAGUAGAUUUAGCUCCAAGCCACCAAUACAGAAGAAUAACAGGAGGUUGGUUUUCAGCAUGGUAGAAAAACAGCCUGAGAUCUUAAGUGGUCUGGCCAGGUCCAGUGGGUUGAUAUCUUUCACAUGAUGUGUAUGAAGACAGGGCCAUUUGCUGAAAAAAGAAACCCUUCUGAUGAUGCAGGUUCUUUUCAGGCAAAACUCUGUAUGUAGCAGGGCUGGAUUAGCCAUUAAGCAAAAGAAGCACGUGCUUAGGGCAUCAAGGGAAGGGGAGCACCAAAGAAAUUUUCCAUUGCUGGAUUUUCAACAUUAAUAGUCAAAUAUUGCUCAGCUUGAGUGUUCCAUUUUCUCAGUUGAAGUAUAUUGAAAACCCCAACAGAGCAACUAUGCAGCAAGGUAGACUGGAGGCCUUAUCUCUACUAAGUAUAGAAGCAGAUGUGUUAUGUAAGAUUAGUUCUGAUCAAAGACUUUGCAACUAGAAAACGUAGGAGAAUUUUUUUCAAAUGUAAAUAAAGUGGAAGUAUACAAAAAUAAACCAUUCCCAUCUUACUGUAGGUUUUGAUUCAUUUCAAAAAACAACAUUUUGUUUUAUGCUUUAUUGAUGUUUAUCAUUUGAAUUAGAUCUAUAAGGAGGCACCAAAAAAAAUUAAGUGCUUUGGGCCUCUAAUGGCCUUAAUCCGGCCCAGGUAUGCAGAUGUAAAGGAGACGUAGAGCUGUGUGUCAUCAGCAUAUUGCUGACAAUGUACUCCAAAACUCUAGAUUACCCCACUCAGCGGUUUCAUGUAGUUGUUAAACAGCAUGGGGGAUAAAAGUGAACCACGAGGAAUCCCAUAUUGAUGGCUCCACGGGGCUGAAGAACAUUCCCCAAGCAACACCCUAUGGAAACGACCAUGCAAGUAGGAUUAGAAGAACUGCAAAGCGGUGCCACCGACCCUUAAAUCAGACAGUCACUCCAGAAGGAUACCAAGGUCGAUGGUACCAAAAGCCACUGAGAGGUCAAGAAUUAACAAGGACACGUUCCCCCUGUCUCUCUCCUGACAGAGAUCAUCAGGCAAGGUGACCAAAGCAGUUUCUGUGCCAAACUGAGCCUAAACCCCAAUUGAAAUAGGGAGAGAGAGAAAAUCCCUAGAGCCCACACGCUGAGCGGGUGUUGCCCAGCAAGCAAGGUGGAGAGUUUAAAAGCACUUCUCACGCUGGAUAAUCUAAGCACACCUGGUGUGGAAUGAGCUUUCAGCUCCCUGGCUUGUUUGGGGGACAAGGCCCACUCAAUGUGCCGGCUCUCAGAGCCUAGGGGUGCUCCUGAGAGAUCUUGUGGGAACUUUGAUGGCCCCGCAAGCAUCCCAGAGCCAGCGCACAGAGUGGGCCUUGCCCCCCAAGAAAGGUGGAGAGCAUGGAUAAGGCUCUUCCAUGGAGCCUCCUGAUUCAGAGACGGUCUGCCACCAGAUACCUGGUCCUGGGGGAUGUACACAAGAUUCAGAGCUAUGGUCCUGAUGACCUGCUUGUGGCAUCUCGUGUGGGAAAUGCAGUGCUGGACAAUAUGGGCUUUUGGUCUCAUCCUGCAGGGCUGCACUGAAUGUUCUUAACUGCACAGUCAUUCAUGCCUCCAGCGGUUUUUACAACUGCACAAAAGGAAACAUAGACAAAAUUUAUUGGGUGCAUUCAGGGAAAUAGGCCAGGAUGCAAAGUAAGCAAACCCUGUUGCUACUUUACAUUACAGUGGUACCUCGGGUUACAGACGCUUCAGGUUACAUACGCUUCAGGUUACAGGCUCCGCUAACCCAGAAAUAGUUCCUCGGAUUAAGAACUUUGCUUCAGGAUGAGAACAGAAAUCGUGCGGCGUCAGCGGGAGACCCCAUUAGCUAAAGUGGUACCUCAGGUUAAGAACAGUUUCAGGUUAAGAACGGACCUCCAGAACGAAUUAAGUUCUUAACCCGAGGUACCACUGUACAACUGACAUUAUUUAUUUCUGGGACUUAAUUACCCACCAGGUUUAGCCCCAGAACCUGUUUUCACUGCUUGGGCUCAGCUGUAGGACAUACGAAGAAAGAACAAUAUAAAUAGAAAAUGCCCCUGAGCAUGCGCAGAUGGUUUUCCCUCUGAUAUUAGGAGGAAGGGCUUCUAGCUCAGACAGUGUAGGUUUGAGCCCUGCCAACCUUCUCUCCGCAGGGUCUGCAUACCAUUAUCCACAGCAAUCCAAAUCAGCCCUUCCAAAUAUAGGAUUGAAGACAUAUAAGACUUUGUCCUGGGGCUUUGCACGUACCCAGACCCCGAACGGGACAGAGCUAUGUGCCAGUUUCUUCCAAGUAGACAAGGACAAAAAAUGUUGGGGGAAACGGGGAGCAUUAUGCCAAGGGAGGAUCCGGAAAGAACAUUGGUGUUGAUUUCAAGUCUAGACAGAAUACCCAGCGUUAUUAGAGGGAUAAUUAAAUCCAUCCCACAGGGCAAGAGGGGACAGGACCGGUAGACGGCUCUUUCUCUCCAAGUACUUCCGUUGGUUUAUUAUUUUAUUCCCCUGUCUGCCACAUUGUCUUUGAAGUUCAAAAAUUACUCUUGUUUCCUAGCCAGGUCUACCCUUUUCUCUUAAGCCAAUAUCACUUUAUUUUUGCCCUGGUGUUUUGAAAGGACUUGAAACGUGGCUCUUAAUAGAAAUGUUGUUUGUGUCAGGCUGGCAUAAUGCAAGCCUGGUAAUAAAGGUGGACAUCUCCUCUACAUCCAGCAGAAGGAGGGCAACACUUUGCAGUACAAAUGUUAGGAAACUGUGGUAACACAUUCAUGUACUACCCGUGAUAGUUGGUUGAGUGACGAAGGGAGCCAUCAUGAUGGAGAACUGUCAUCAUCUUUGGGCACACACACUCACUUCUUUCUGCUCAACUCAGGUCUCCGAUCAAACAGGGUUUUUGUAGCAUUUUAAGCACUUCUGAGCUUCCAGAUACUUUUCUCUGCAACAGAAGUCGUCAUUCUGGCUACUACUUUUCCAAUUUUGAUUUGCACCCGCACAAUACCUCUUCUACUAAAGAAUGGCUAGCAGGGAUGGGUCCUUUUUCAUUGCUGUUCUGUAAGGAGAGAGGCACUCAGCCCCACAUGGCACAAUUGGGGAGACACACCUGGCAGCCUGUUCCCCCUGAAAAAUACCAUUGCUUUACAUUUGUGCCUGCUGUUAGAGCAAGGUGGUGCCUGCACUCUGCCCAUUUCAAUGAUCAAAGUCCAGAGGCAGUGGCAGCUCAGGAGUGCUGCUGCGCAUUUGUGGAUGUGUUGCAGUUGCUCACAGUUAAAUCUUUCCCUGUACCCCUGUCCUCUUUGCUAUUAGCUUGAAGUACCUUCCGCAUGUAACACAUUUAAGAGUGUGUGUGUGUGUCUUUGGAUAUUUCACAGCACACUCUUUCUCAUGCUUGGCUGUCAGGGGCUGGACUGAGGAGGAAUGGUGGAGACCUCCCCUCCCCCCUUCUCCUGAACCUUCCCGAGAACAGUACAGAUUUAGAAUGGUGGUUUGCAGAGAUUGCAGAGGGGAAAAGCUGGGAAAUACAGUGGAUGCUCAGGUUGCGAACGUGAUCCAUGCGGGAUGCACAUUUGCAACCUGCAGCGUUCGCAACCCGCGUCUGCACACGCACAGGUUGCAAUUCGGCGCUUCUGCCCAUGCGCAAAGAGCAAUUUAGCGCUUCUGCGCAUGUGCAACCUCCGAAACCCAGAAGUGACCCGUUCCGGUACUUCCGGGUUUCGGUGGUCUGUAAUUCAAAAAGACGCAACCUGAAGCAGCUGUAACCCGAGGUAUGACUAUAUUGGAAGAGGAACAGCAGGAAGAAGAAACACCGGGGGAGAGACAGCUGACAGACUCAAUGUCUUUGGAGAGCAUUCCUGAGCCCCCUCUCCCAAGACUAGGCAUGCAUUGAGAGUAGUAGCACAGAAAGCUCAGAGACAGAAAUCCCAGAUCCGCCGGCACAGGAAUGACGUAGGAUAAGAGAGACGGAGGGGGCGGAGCUUUACUUGGAGCAAUGCCAUUAUUGAAUAAGGACUACCUUCCUUCGUCUCUCUCUGUGAAUACUGAAUAAAUUACGUGGUAAGAACUCUUCAUGUUUAUCUGCUUCUUUGGAUGCUGCCAGGGGAGGGAUAGGAUUCCCUGAACCUGGACAUUGGUGGCCUUGGUGGCAAACUUGAAAUUCAGAAGCAGAUUUUAAUCUUUGCUUUACCCUUUGGCCAUUUGCUUCUUCUUGCUAACUCAUAGGACAUCUUGACCGCACUGUAACCAUGCAGCUCGCUACCUGUGCCCAACAAUAUCCCAAGCCUGUGAGUAAUGUGUCUCCGUCUCGCACCAAGGAGUAGUUUGGGGAGUAUCUUUGCUUCCUCUGAAUUCAAGGCGUCUAUCACAUGAAGACUGGUAGAAUAGCCCUUCACUGGGGAUAGUGUAAAAACAGGCUACACUUCCAGUAUCAUCAAUAGUAAAUUACCCCUUAGAUAUGCCUGGAGGAGUUUUCUGCCAGCGCAAACACAGAGUGAGAGAGCCAAGAAUAAAACCCAGGCACCCCGAUGAACAGCCCUGCCCAGUAAAUCAAGGUUCCUCCAAAUUGCCCCUUUCUGAGUCUCCAGAAAUGUUUAUUUCAUUCUAUUUUGAAGACUGGCUUACACUGGCUAGUGUUUAAACAACAUUAGCAGCCGAGGUUUUAUAGCAGUGUUUAGAUUCAAAUAGUUCUGCUAAUAUGUUUCUUAUUCCCAGUUUAGCCCAGGGCUCUGCAUUCCCUAAGAAAGAGGCACUUGUCACCAAAAAUAAAUUGCAUGCCUGCAAUAUUCAGAACGAUUCUUGGUAAAUCCACUAAAUGAGAUGAUCCAUUUGCCAAAUAGUUGCGGUUUGAAAUUAUUUUCAGCCAACUAUGUGAUUAUCUUCUCUAUGACCUCUCUUGAACUAAAGGGGUUCCAAGGAUUUCUCCAAAUGUUACCCUAGCGCACAAAUGAUACAUGAGCUUAAUUUUAGCCACCAGAAGAAUGCUGCACCUAUAGCUCAGGACUGUACAACUUUUUAAAAACACGUCAAGUGAAUCUGAAAUAGGGUCUUUGCAAGAUCAGGCAUGGUCAAAGGAAGUCUUAGAGUACUUGUGAAUUCAUCCUUAAAAUGUCUCUCCAGAAAUACUGCUUCUUGGUGACCUGUUUACUGAGCGUUCAUCCUGAUUUGUUUUCACAAAGUUAGCCAAGAGGUAUUAGGAUGUUGGCCAUUUAUUCAGCACUCAUUCCGAUAUGUUUGCAGGGAGGUUAUAUGACAUUGCCUCAAGCAGUUGUUCGGUCCCAUUCGCUUUUAGCAGAUUUUCCUAUCAGUCGCCCUUCUGUGCCCUGUAUCUGGAUGAGAACAAAGACCUAUCGAGUCCAGCGUCCUGUUUUUUUAAUCAUGGCUAGUCAGGUGUCUGUAUGCUCUCGCAUGACACAUGACCAGUGGUCCAUCUGGUUCAGUAUUUACUCUGACGCAGCAGCUUCUCCAUGGUUGCAGCCAUCUAUGAAGGAAUGAAGUGGGAACACUCAGGUACAAGUAUGGGAUACCUUACUAAUCCAUAGUUUAUGGCUUUAGGUUUUUUAUGAAUGUGGAGACCCACAAUCAGGACAUGAGGGCAGGAGUCCUCUUAACGUUAUAGGUGGCAACCAUUUUGCGCCCAUUCAAUUGAUGUGCAACUGCUGACGGAUGGUUUGUUUUGGACCCGGAAGAGGGUGGAAUGAGGCAUAAUGGGGCAGAGCGGGCUUAUGCAUGCGCCACUGGUGCACAAAUGCCCACAACACAACCCCCAUGCAAAUUGGGAGUUCCCUGUACUUGAUCCUUCCUUCCCAUGAGAUACCUCCUUUCCUCUCAUUGCAGGGAAACAAAUUCUGCAACGAUCCAAAUAUACCAAGAGGUGGGUGAAAUUUGCAGAUUAAGCUGGCGCAUGCAAACUUACAUUGAUGAUUUGUUUUGCUCGAAUAGCAUGGACUAUAGUGGGGCAAAAUAAAAUGCAGUUCCCUGAAAGACGGUCGCUUCAUAACUUCCCUGAUAUGGUCUUAUCUGCUGCAGAUGGGAGCUUUUGCCCAUAACACUUUAGCACUUAUUCUGCAUUGUUUAGUUUCUCUCUCAGCUGUUUUGUUUCCUUUGUGUUUUGCAGGUUGCAUAUGGAACCACAGAGAAUAGUCCUGUCACCUUCAUGGGGUUCCCUCAAGACAACAUUGCCCAGAAAACAGAGACUGUGGGAUGUAUUUUCCCACAUACAGAGGUGACUGAUUCCCUUUGUUGGUGUAAACUGGGUGAAAUUGCACUAAGUGCUUGGCCCGUGUCUUGAGCAGUCCAUCCCCCAUACCUGAAUUCUGUUCAGAAUUCUGUUUAUUUCCUGGGGUAAAAUCCUAAAAAAACCUCAGCAACUUUGGGGUAAAAUCCUAAGAAAAGCUCAGCAACUUCAAUCCUAAAAAAAGGUUCACAACUUUGGUCGGCCCUUUGGUCAGCCCUCGCGGCCCUUCACUUCAUCGAAUCUGGCCCUCUUUGAAAAAAGUUUGGACACCACUGGAGCAUGACCCAUCCUCCCUUUCUUUAAGGAAUGUGUGUAAGUGCAGAGACAAGUACAAAGCCAAGGCUUCAUUCAGCAGCAUUGGCAGGAGUGUGAGAUAUUCACUGAGAAGAGGUUUUCCUCAGUGCAAGGUCAUAGUGGAGAAGCUGAUGGUUACAUGUUCAGUAUAGCAUGAAGAUCUAGCAAGGUAAAGUGCUAGUGGAUCUCUCUGUGUAUUCGUAUGUUUACAAGGCUUACUUUUAAGACCAGAGGAACUGUAUUAUGGUAGAUUAGUUCAUGAUGGACCAGCACCUCUUAAAGUUUAUGUAGCUAGUGUGUUUAUGCUUGUCUUGUCUCAUGAGGCAACAAGCACUCUAAGCUGAACCAAGUGGGAAAGGAGUUGUCUUAACUGGGAACUCUGGAAAAGAAUGACUACAGUGGUACCUCGGGUUACAUACGCUUCAGGUUACAGACUCCGCUAACCCAGAAAUAGUGCUUCAGGUUAAGAACUUUGCUUCAGGAUGAGAACAGAAAUCGUGCUCCGGCGGCGCAGUGGCAGAAGGAGGCCCCAUUAGCUAAAGUGGUGCUUCAGCUUAAGAACAGUUUAAGGUUGAGUACGGACCUCCGGAACGAAUUAAGUACUUAACCUGAGGUACCACUGUACUGGAAAGAAGGAAGACUCUGAUGUUCUGCUGAAAGACUCUGUUAAUCACAACACUUUUGCUGUAUCUUCUGUUGUCACACCCUCUCAGUCUCUAACCUGAACAUGCUUCUGUUCAACUGAUCUCUUUUAUUAUGCCACUCCAUGCCACCAUUAAUGUUUCUGUUUCCUCUGUAUUAACAGGCAAAAAUUGAGGAUCCCGAGACAGGGGAAAUUAUCCCACUCAACAGCCCAGGAGAACUUCAGGUCCGAGGUUACUGCGUCAUGCUAGGGUACUGGGCAGACCCCAACAAAACCAAUGAAGUGAUGGAUGAUGAGAAAUGGUACAAGACCGGGUACGUUGGGGAAGAAGCCAUUUGUUCAUUGGGAUAAUCCUUGGGAAGCCAAUAGGAUCUAGUAGGUGGAAGGCUGGAUGGAGAAUCCAUUCAGGGCCAUAAGCUGCCUUUUAGCAAGUCAGUAUCUCGUCAUGUCAGUCACCCUAACUGGGCAAAAAUGACCUAUUGCAUAAAAUUUGUACAGGGCUGAAUUUGAGAUAAUGGGGUCACCUGAUGGGGAAUGGCAGACGAGCAACAUGUCCACCCCUAGGCCCAAGUCUUACCCAACACUCACUCAAUAGCAAACUUGUUUCAUACAUAGGCAUGGAGUUGUGGGAGAGCCACUCUCUCAUGGUGCCAUCCCCUUGUGACUAUUUCCCACCAGAUCACCACCCUCCUCAUUGGUGGGAUGGUGAUCUGUUGGGGAAAAACCCAUGCAAUCAACGACACCUAGCUGCAUUAUCCAUUAAUCUGCUGCUGCUGCUGCUGCUGCUGCUGCUGCUCCCAAGUGGGAUAGACAGCUCCAUGGAGAGGGAGCUGCCUCAAACUUCCGGCUGUGCAUGAAGGGAGCCUUUGUUCCCUGGCAUAUGAUAUCUCACUACGUCAUGUCUUGUCACAUUGCAGAAUCUGGUAUUUGGUUAUGCAGAAUUCACAGAGUCCUGCUUGUGAUCUCUUGCUUAUGCAAGUACAGAAGACUGGCUGCUAAAAAAAACUAGCUGAAAAGGGAACAUUUGGGCUGAAACUCAACAUUGCUCUAAGCUGACUGUUCCAUCAGCACAAUCAUUUGUGUUUGUCACACGGAACAAUCUCCCUUCUCUUCUCCCAGUACCCCGUUCUGGGGGUACUCCUGACCUGCCAAAACCAUUUUGGAGGAGUUGUGUGGGGAGGAGAUGGGCAGAAAGUCCCAUUGUACUAGUGGGAUUUUGUGCUGGUUCCUGCUUGCCUGGCUGUUUAAUUGAAUCUGGUCUUGGGCACCUAAGCAUUUAUCAUAUCAGGCAUCCCCAAACUCGGCCCUUCAGAUGUUUUGGGACUACAGCUCCCAUCAUCCCUAGCUAACAGGACCAGUGGUCAGGGAUGAUGGGAAUUGUAGUCCCAAAACACCUGGAGGGCCGAGUUUGGGGAUGCCUGUAUCAUAUGUAUGGUGCAACAACAGCUUUUGGAACAGUUGUGUACAGUUCUGGUCUCCUCACAUCGAAAAUGAUAUUUUAGAGUUGGAAAAGGUUCAGAAGAGGGAAUCAAAACAAAACAAAAAAUGAUCAAAGGGAUGGAACAACUCCCCUAUGAGGAAAGGUUAGAGCAUUUAGGGCCUUUUAGUUCAGAGAAAAAGCGAGCAAGAGGAGAUAUGAUUAAAGCGUGUAAAAUUACAUAGGACACAAGAGCCUGGUGUUGGACUAGGUGUGUCCCUGGCCUGCUCCAGCAGGCUCUUCUUCUGUUCUCCAGUGGAGCAUCUAGCAACAUGGCAAGGUCAGGGUAGAAUGACUGUGAUAUCCUUCCAGGGACAUGGCUAUUCUUGAUGAGUACGGCUACUGCAAGAUAGUAGGCCGCUGCAAAGACAUGAUCAUCCGAGGAGGAGAGAACAUAUACCCAGCAGAGCUCGAGCAAUUCCUACAUACCCAUCCUAAGAUUCAAGAGGUGCAGGUGAGAAAAAUGGUGAGGUGGGACAUGGGAACAGGCCCUCCAGUCCUCUGGUUUGGCUAUGUGCUGGACCCAAGGAUAACUCAUAAACCACGGUCCAGUACCAGUCCAGAAUCCAAAGGUUCCACUGGGAGUCAGUCCGACAGGGCCAAGGCAGGACACGAGGCAGGGAACCAGGCAAGGACAGGGGCAGGAUCUAGCAUACAGCAAAGUUGCUCCCGUAACCUGGGGCGGGGUCCGACAGCCUUUUAUCAUUGUUGGGGUAGCAACCGGUCCUGAUCCCCCGGCGACUCACCUCCCUGUUUUGCCUGAAGGCGAGAACUCCUCCUGCGAGUACUCAGGUCUCUCCUUCUCUCAGACCUUAGUCUCUGCAGCUCAGGAGAUGUUGGUGGGUUACUAGACCCAGGGGCCGCCUCAGCCUCCCCUGACCAAACCGGUAGUGGAGCAGCUGUAAGUGAUGGCUCAGCUGAAGGCAACGAGGUAAUCCCCGCAUCUGGAGCCAGGGAAGGCUCAGGCCCCUGACUCGGCUCUGUUUGUUGCAGGGGAACCUGUGCAGACUGGGACUCUUCAGGAUCAGGCCCCAGACUUGGUUUAGAUAAUGCCUGAGGCAAAGGAUCCGGUGCAGACUGAGUCUCCUCUGGUUCCGAGUCCGAGCCCGAGUCCCAGGCCAUCACAGGCUAAAUACUUAAGGCUGAAUGUGCGACAAAUGCCAUGUGGCUCCAUCGCCAUUUAGGGAAAUGAGUUCGCUUGUGGGUUUCCCACAGGAACCUGGUUGGCUACUGUUUGAGAACAGGACGCUGAACUAGAUGGGUUGUUGGCCUGACCCAGCAGGGUCAAGAACCCCAGUAAGUUGGGUGGGCCCCAUGAUCAACUUCCCCCUUCUCUUUCACUCAGGUAGUUGGCGUGAAAGACGAGCGAAUGGGAGAGGAGAUCUGCGCCAGCAUCAGAGUGAAAGCUGGAGAAGAGUGCACAGUAGAAGAAGUCAAGGCAUUUUGCAAAGGGAAGGUAGGAGCUUCGAGAUGGGUGGCUGUGUCCUGCUUUUUCCCACCCAAUAAAAAGAAAGAGCAAGCUCUCCAAUGGUGAGGUUCCGUCAAGGGCUGCUUCCAGAUGGGUGGUUCCUAGCUCAGCCCAAUCAUUGCUCUUCCGUUGUAAGCUAUACGUGGAAUUGCAAUCGAUGUCCCACACUAUCAGGAGGAUUGUGCUUUUCGAGGUGUGCAUUCCACUAUGUUCUGUAUACAUCCAUGGGGGCAUGGCACAGCUGCUGUGGGUAGGGCCAUUUGAACCUCAGCACACGUCCACUAUAAGUGGUGCUAAAAGCAUCUACAGUCGUACCUUGGUUCUCGAAUGUUUUGACUCCUGAACGAUUGAAACCCAGAAGUGACUGUUCUGGUUUUCAAACAUUCUUUUGGAAGCUGAACGUCUGACGGAGCUUCUGCGGCUUCUGAUUGGCUGCAGGAGCUUCCUGCAGCCAAUCAGAAGCCGUGCUUUGGUUUUUGAAUGCUUUGGAACGACUGUACGCUUGUCACAUUUGGGCUGCUCUUCUGUUCUUCUGAAAAAAACAACUGGGCUUUCUGUAGUCUGAGGAAAGACGGAAGGACUGUAUGAUAGGAUGACAGCCUCAGGUGGAUGCCUCAUAAAAAGUGACUGAAUAAGCAUGGCAGUUCCACACUAAAUGCCUAGUGUGGAAGCUCCCGCUGUCUUAAUAUCAGUUGGGGAUAUGGCUUUAGAUAAAAUGCAGUUUUAUAUUCCAUGUUGGAGAGGCACUUGCUCUGAGUCCUGCUCAAGCAGGGAACAGCAAGCCCGCUGUAUAAAGAUUGAGUCAGUCCACAGCCAUUGGCUUUUCUUUUGCAGAUCGCUCACUUCAAGAUCCCUCGGUACAUAGUGUUUGUGAAGGAUUUCCCGCUCACCGUCUCGGGCAAGGUGAGUGACAGUCCAAAGGCUUUUGCUUGCUUAGCCCCAAUAGGUUGCAUGGUGCUUUGCGGAGUGCAGGAAGAUCCCUGCCUUGAGGAACUUGCAAACUAAACCAGUUACAGUGGAAUCACAGGGGAGGGGAAGAGGACAUAGUGUAAACAGGGAAGGAGUGUGUGCUGUUGCUUGAGUUACAUGGGCUUGAGCCUAGUUACAGACUACUGGGUAUGGAACUAGUAGAUGGGUGGGCCACAAGUGGGUUUUGAAGAGGAAUUUGAAGACGUAGGAGUGGUGGCAUCUAGGAGGCAGUGACUAGCAUAUGAAGGGCAGCAGGUAAUAGAAGGUGGGAUUUUUUGAGGGAGGUUGAGACUUUUAGGUGAUGGAGAAUGGUGGAGUCCAGGGAGUGAAGAUCAUAAGGGGAGACAUAUCAGGAUGAUAAGAUAAAGGGGGAAAGGACUUGGAGAGUUUUGAAGGAAAGGACAAGAAUGAAUCCAGGAGAAGAUGGGAAGUCAGGGUAGGGUCUUAAGGAGUAGCAUUGCAUCAUCAGAGCAAGGAAAGACAAGUGAAUGACUUUGGCAGCAGAGUUCUGGGUAGAGGUGAGGGGUCCAAAGUGAGGCAACAAAGAGAGAGAGAGCACUUUAUGGUAGCCUAAAUGAGAGAUGGCCAUAGACAUGGACCAAAAUAUUUGCAGAGGGACGACCAGUAUGUUUGCAAUGCUGUAACCAAUCCCUUCCUUCCUUCUUUCCUCCCUGUUCCAAUCUUAGAUUCAGAAAUACAAACUGAGGGAGCGAAUGGAGAAGCAUCUUCAGCUUUGAACCCAACAACCCAACGCAACCCAAAAUUAACAUUUCUUCUGCCAACUUUUAUACUUCAGCUUUCUAAGCCGUUAAGAGAGCUGGCAACCUGCCUUAAGAUAGCAAUCACCAGCCUGCCUUAAGAUGCUUUAGUCAGGCCUACUUAAAAUAACAUGGGUUUUUUUUCUAAUAAAUAAAAAAUCUGUUUCUUUAGCAGAGAUUACUUCUUUGUGUUAAGAAAUUCCACCUCACUUUGUUAAAAAUACAAAACAUGUUUGUAUGUCUGGGGAUGGUAUCCAGAAAUACAAUUUCCUCCUAGUAAGGAGGACCGUAAGGGAAUUCCCAUUGCUCCUUGUGACCAGAGCACAUCAUGGAAGAGACAUACCGGUAGUCCUGCCUUUCCCUCUACUGCAUCCUGUGCAGUUCUUUUAUUAGAAAUUGUAGUUUUGGAGGAAUAGUGGUGAAUGCAAAGGAUGCCAGGGUGCUGAAAAUUAAGUCCCAUGUAGGAACAUUAAGAGCUAUCGUGUUGCAAAUUACGAGCCAAAAGAAGGGGAAAGUACUUUCUAGCAGUCAGAAAGGCUACAUGGGAAGAAGAGCAUAGUCACCUGAAACAUGCUCAUAUUGGAUUUGUAGGAGCAAAUCUGUUAAUUUUGGCACUUUUGCAUUGUGAUUCUCUUUUGGACGUCCUGUUGUUUCAUUUUCUGCCAUAAUAGGCUAUGGUGAUUGAACCUCUUGUCUUCUCAUUAGUCAGGUCAUCCACACACACCAAAAGUGUCUGGAGCAACUUGCCUGAGAAGGGUGGUGAACCUCAUGUAUCAAGGAGUAAGGGGUGAGAUUUGCUUGAUCACUUGUCUACCUUUUGGUAACUGAAAUGGAGCACCAUUUAUUGGACUCCCAGGGAUUAGCCAGAUGUGACGCAGUGGAUCCAUGAUCAGGCUCUCUCAGGUUUGUUUGUGUUUUCAUUUUAGAGUAGCUAACAGUCGGGCAUCUUUAUUGAGAGCUAGAUUGGGACUGUAGUUCUGAGAGAAGACCAUUCUGUGCCUCCCCCCCCCCCCCCAAAUUUAAAUUGCUCUUCCCUCACUGUGGUAACUGUAUGCUUUCCCCUAUAGGGAAAUUAGCAGCUAACACACACACACCCCUCUAUGAUUGCAAUUACGUUUUUCUAUUGUAAAUGUAAGUGCUCCUGAUUUCCCAUGUCACAUCUUACACAGGUACUAUUUGUUUAUUGCUGUAAGCUGCAUUUUGUUAAAAAGGUGACUGAUAAGUUUAAUUCAUAAUAAUCUUCAGUGCUUUU